ACAUACUAUAAGCAUAUUACAAUUUAUGUAAUUGAUAUUAAGAUUCGGAUAAUAGACACAAUUUUUACUUAGAACUGAUAAAUUAAAUAAUCAUGAUAUCAUAUAAAUAUUUUUUGAUUUUUAUUACCAUGUCGGUCAUUAUAAUUGACCAAACCGAAUCUACAUUAAAAGGUAUAAUAUAUAACGAUUUAUUAAAAUUUAAAUAGUAGUCAUAUGACUUGUAUUGAAACUAUUUAUUAUUUAUUUUAACAAUCAACCUAAUUGCUGAAAUAACAACUUGUAAUUCGGUUUUACUACUUUAGGAGAAGAAUUUGAAUCCGGAAGUAAGCAAUUGAUUAUUAAUUUUUUUUUUCUACAUAAUUAUAGUAACAAGAUUACUACAUACCUAUUUAUAUGAAUAAACAUUUAAUGAGUAAUUAAAAUAAACUUACUCGCUAAAGAGAAUACCUUUUAGUUUGUAUUAAUCAAUUUUUACGUUUGACGAAUUGCUAGUGGAAUUUAUUAAGUAAUAAUUAUUUUUAAAUUUCAAAAAUAGGCUGCAUUAACUUUAUAAAAUUUCCAAUAGGUAAUAUGAUACCGGCUAUUGGUACCUAUAGUGACAUACUAUUGUGGAUUUUAUCACAUAUUAAAUGUAUUGUAAUACGGAUUAUUUAAUGGAUUUUAAUAAAUUUUCUAAUUGUUAUUUAGUUAAUUAUUUUUUUUUAAUAAUUAAAUUAAUACGUAUUUUCGGUUAUUAUGAAUUACCAAAUGACAUUGGUGAUGAUAACUGAAGUUCAAAGGGUGUUGGACUACACGAAUCGAUAAUUUUACACAAAACUCACCGUAGUAUGUUGUACUUGGUAGAUAAAUAAAAUUAAAAGUAAAACGUUUUAAUUCAAAUUCUGAUAAAAAUCUUAAACAUCACAGCAUUUCAAAAAUGUAUAAUCGAGCUUGUCUUACAAUCGAUUUUCGUUAGUUAUAGUUUUUACACCGGAUUUGAGUAGUGUUUAUAAUGCGAAUUCAAAAAGCAGUAUUAAAUAAAAAUGUCUCCCUUCCCAAAAAUUUUAACUAGUUUAAUAAGUAUUGGUAAUAUAAUUUGUUUAUUUUCCUAUUUGGGACGCUCCUCAUAGAGAAUACAACUCAUGGGUAGCCCACUGUAAUAUAUGGAAAAUAGGGAACAUAGAAUUAAUACACUAUAGUAUAAUUAAUUUAUAUCUGUACUCGCUAAUGAAUCAUUAUUAACAAAAGCAAUUAUGUGCGAAGUUUGAUUAAUUGUCUUUUAAUAAACCUAAACUGGAAAUCACUAUAAUUUAAAGGAACAAAAUAAGACGUUGUUAAAAGACGUUGUAAGAUAUUGGAGACGGGUGCAGAUACUGUUUUAGAUAAUUUAAUGUAUACCUAUUAGCAACAAUAAACGAUUGCUUACGAAAAAACAAUACUCAGCCGAGUUUUGUUGAUAGUUAUGCUUUGUCAACAAUGUAUAUGUCAUUUAAUAUAAAAAUUAAAAAGGCUUAAUAUAUUUUCUUUAAUAAAAUUUGUUUAAUGUUGUACCAAUUUUCCCAGUUUUUCUAUAUUUUUUCAGGUUUUCCUAUGCUUUAUCCCGGUUUUUCGCAUUUGCUGAGAAUACUGUUGGGAAAAUCGAAAAAUGAACUCUCUAAGGAACUUCGCUAGUGAAAUUUCCUUUUAAAAACAUUGCCACCAAUAAAAGUUAAAGCAAAAUUACUAGUAGAAAAGUUGUGUACAGAAUAAAAUAAGGCCUUAAUAUAUUUUAACUAAUACCUAUAUUUCUUAUAUUUUCCCGUUUUUUUUCGGUCUAUCAAAUUUGAUUAGAAAAUCGAAAAAUGAACUCUCUAAAGUAAACGGUAAAUAAAAUAUUACUGUUAGAAGUAUCAGUCUCUUUUCAGUAUCUUUAUUUAAAUAAACUCUAAUAAAAUCAGUUAUGAACAAUAAAGAUAAAUAUUAAAAAUUAAAAUCAUGUCUAUAGUGUGGUAAGUAAGUGUUUAAUUUUGAGUAUGUUGUAAAUAAAAUCAUUUAAUGACUAUAAAAUAAUUGAAAUCAAUUUUUCUCAAAAUCUCUACAAAUAUUUAUCACUAAAAAUCAUAAAAAAGAAGAACACUAUUUAAUGAACGCAGUUCUAAAUAUCAAGUAAACCAUAUGUGUUUGUUUAUUCGUAUUAUAGAUACACUUAUGAGUCAUUGCAUAAUCAUAAUACAAUAUAGAUCGUCAAUAAAAUAUUAUAUUAUAUUUGGCACCAGUUGGUUGAAAUAUUCUGAUGCUAUUUGAUUUUGCGUUAUUAAUAUUCACAUCCGUUAAGUCAUUACGAUUUAUAAUUAAAAGUCAUAAACUACAGAUGCCUGCUAUCAUACAAACAUUUUAAAUUCUAAGUGAUGCUAAGAAGCUUAUAGUUUUACAAAGAUGUUUAUUUAUUUAUUUUUUUAACUGUUAACAAAUUUUCUACCAAAGACUUCAUCGGAUUUCUAAGUAUGGUACCUUUUCUGAAAGAGAAUCGGUGGGGAAAGAUAUUUCAGAAAGGUCAAUUUUGGAUUUUCUGAAGUUUUUUAUUAUCAAAUUUAAAAAACCGACAUAAAUCGGCAAAAUAUAAGAAAUGUAGGUAUUAGUUAAAAUAUAUUACGGCUUUUUUUUUUUCUGUGAACUACUUUUCUACGAGUAAUUUGGCUCCAACUUAUAGUGGUAGCAAUAUUUCUAAAAGGAAAUUUCGCUUUUCUGCGUUUUGGAGCAGAGUCUCUAUGGCAUUUACCGAGUUGAUAACACUUAACUAUAUUGGUGAUUACACAUAAUAACCUAACAUCAGUAACGGUACCACUGCAACCAAUUCAAAUGUCCCUAUCAAUCGUUACAUGCAUACCGCAGUAACGCUUUUAUGUUAGACAUAUUGUAAUAAUUAAUUAUAAGCAUUAGCAGUGUGUUUUACAAGUGUUAAGUAAACACUGACGGUCGCAAUAUAAUUGACCAUUCCCUCACCUUACAUAAAUCCGAUAUCUCUACCAUCCGCGAUGAUGUUUUUUUUUUCUUCCGACGACCGCCUAUGAAGAUAGACGUGUCCAAAACUUUUGCUCUAACGUCCAGACACAACAAAAUGGCCACCUAAAUCACAGAAAUGCGACGAAUCCUCGUCGUGUGCACCAAUCUGGUACGUAUGCUAAGUUAAUCCCCACACAUUAUAUUAAGACGGUCGGUACCUAUAAAAUUCAGUUUAUUAAUAUAAUUGUUUUUCACAUACAUCACAAAUAUUAGUGAUUCUAAAAGAUGUAUAUUCGACCAUCUCCGUAGGCGGGUACCCCUGGUAGUUCCAAGUGCCCGACUUACUUGGACUCCUUAAACCUAUAUACAUUUACGGAUAUAAUAUAAAUAUUAUUCUUCAUGAGUAUGAACUAUUAGUUUAUAAACGCAGAGGCGGAUGUGAUGAACAAAGAUAUUUCCAUCCUAUUCCAUUAAGUGACACCCUAAGUCUCUACUUUUGUAUUAAAAUACACCUAAGCUACAACACUAUAAAUACCCGCAUCUAUUGUGGAACGCCGAAAGGGUGUGAUAGUCCCCACUCGGUAGGAAACCGUUGAGUACACCCAUAAUAUCUGACCAUUAGUAUUAAAAUUGUAAGUUUUUAUGGGUGUGAAGAAGUUUAACCUUACAAUCUUUGUAGAUGUAAUCUCAAUAAGUUAUGAAAAAGCUCAAUAAAAGCAAUGAAAUAAUAUUAAUUAUUAAAAAAAAAUGCCCAAUUUCAAAUAUAUUUAUAACGUUAAAUUACAUUUUAACAGAAAAUAAAAAAUUCAAAUAAGGUGAAACAGAAUUAAAUAAAAUAAAUUUUGAACAUACAAUAACAUACAUUAAAAUUGUAUAACGUUUAAAUGCCCGAAAACGUAAAAACGGUUAUUCGUUAAAUAUUUAAACUCUAUAGAUAAUGAAAAAGAAGAACACCGUUUGGUGAAGGUAAUCGUAAACAUAAAAUUCAUUAUAUGUACUUUUUUAUUUGUAUUGCAGUUGAUGACAACGAAUCUUCUUUAGAAGGUAUAGUAUAUAAAUAUUAAUUAUUAACAUUGAAUAAGUAUCUACAUGAUUUAUAUUAAAAUUAAAUUAUUUAUUAUUUAUGUUAACAAUAAAAUUAACUUAAUUGUUAAAAAAACAACUUGUAAUUCAGUAUUACUAUUUUUUUUAAAGAUGAAUUUGAAGAUGCAAGUAAGCAAUUUAUUAUCGUUAAUAAAUAAAUGUCAGUAAUCCAUUUUUACAAUAGAUUUACCGCUAUAUCAUAGUAAGUAGUUAUUAUUAAUAAACAUAAAACCGGGCCGGGUUUGCAAUUAUUUUUCGUUACAUUUUUUAGACUGGAUCGGACCGGUCUUAAAUAAAAUAUCUUAGGGCGGGACCGGGCUUUUUAAAAAGUUUAUCAUUUUCUUCGGUUCAGGCUUGGGCUUUUUUUUUGGACCGGACCAGACCGGGCUUAAAAUUAAAAUUCUUAAUCCGGAUAGGGUCAAAAAUGAAUGGCCCUUUGAAGAUCUGUAGUACCUAGUAUAUUUUCUAAUACUUAGGUUAUUAAUUAUUUUCGAUUAUUUUGUCAGUGGUGGUUAAAAUUAAAAUUGAAAUGGGUAAAAUGAACAAAAUAAUUAAAAUCUCAAAAUUCUCCACCCCUCCAAAUCGUAAAUAGUUUGUGUAUCGGUGAGGUAACUUCUUUAUUUUUAUUGUAGUUUUAUUGUUAUUGAGAAAAAGUGGAGAACAACAACGGUUGCCAUAUUUUUGAUUUUGCUUUUUAAUUGUAAUUCGGUUAAAAAUAUCGAAACUACUAAAUAUUAUUAUUUUAUAAAUAGGCUGAAUAAUUUAUAUUAAAUUUCUAGUACCUAAGUUGCAUACAUUAAUUUAUUAUUUAGUAAAUAAUAAUAAAUAUAAUCAAUAAAAAAAAAAUUGUAACUCAGAAUUUUUUUUUUUUUAUUCAAGCAUCAAGUAUACAAACAUUGGGAUGUAAGUAAUUUAGUUUAGUAGAACUAAGGCCCGGUAUAAUAUGAUAUAAUAUAUCAUGAUACGCCCAUAAAAACUUACAAUUUUAAUACUAAUGGUCAGAUAUUAUGGGUGUACUCAACGGUUUCCUACCGAGUAGGGACUAUCACACCCUUUCGGCGUUCCACAAUAGAUGCAGGUAUUUAUAGUGUUGUAGCAUAGGUGUAUUUUAAUACAAAAGUAGAGACUUAGGGUGUCACUUAAUGGAAUAGGAUGGAAAUAUCUUUGUUCGUCACAUCCGCCUCUGCGUUUAUAAACUAAUAGUUCAUACUCAUAAAGAAUAAUAUUUAUAUUAUAUCCGUAAAUGUAUAUAGGUUUAAGGCGUCCAAGUAAGUCGGGCACUUGGAACUACCAGGGGUACCCGCCUACGGAGAUGGUCGAAUAAACAUCUUUUAGAAUCACUAAUAUUUGUGAUGUAUGUGAAAAACAAUUAUAUUAAUAAACUGAAUUUAAUAGGUACCGACCGCCUUAAUAUAAUGUGUGAGGAUUAACUUAUCAUACGUACCGGAUUGGUGCACACGACGAGGAUUCGUCGCAUUUCUGUGAUUUAGGUGGCCAUUUUGUUGUGUCUGGACGUAAGAGCAAAAGUUUUGGACACGUCUAUCUUCAUAGGCGGUCGUCGGAAGAAAAAUAAAACAAACAAAAGCGGCUAUGAUGCAAAUCGCGUCAUCACGGAUGGUAGAGAUAUCGGAUUUAUGUAAGGUGAUGGAAUGGUCAAUGAUAUUGCGACGGCCAGUGUUUACUUAACACUUGUAAACACGCUGUAAAUGCUUAUAAUUAAUUAUUACGAUAUGUCUAACAUAAAAGCGUUACUGCAGUAUGCAUGUAACGAUUGAUAGGGACAUUUAAAUUGGUUGCAGUGGUACCGUUACUGAUGUUAGGUUAUUAUGUGUAGUCACCAAUAUAGUUAAGUGUUAUCAACUCGGUAAAUGCCAUAGAGACUCUGCUCGAAAUCGUGUCAUAACCAAUCCAUAAUUCACAGGCAACUUUUGGAUUUAACAUUCGGCGGUUCAUAAUUGGACAUUACAGAAAUCCCUCUACAGAAGGUUGCAUUUCUCAAGGAAAAACUUCUGUACAUCAAAGUAACGGUACACAACAAAAGACUACUACAGGGAUCACAGAGAUAUUAUAAGUACAUCUCGUCCUACACAGAGCUUUGUCAUAUUUAUACAACCGUUAUCAACAUUCUAUCUACUAUACCAACAUCAAUAACCAUGUGAAACAAAGCGUACUACUAUGUGCACGUCAUAGAACGUGUCGAAUGAUAGACAAAAACGAAACUAUAAAAAGAUAAAAAUGAGAAGGCGUAUCAGGUGGAGUAAAGGAGAGUAAAAAAUAAUAAUACUCCCAGACCGUGGAUGACAAAUGGUGUUAUUCAACUCUGGACAUAACUUUAAACUUUUUGGACGCGGCAACCUACCAAUUCCUACGAUCUAGCCGUAGAAAUCAUACCGAGUGAGGUGAAAUGGCGUUUAUAGACUGGUCUACCAUCGCAAUGGGGCUCAGUAUCGAAGAUCGUUUAGUAACCUCUCUUCCGUCUAACGGCUCGUGUCGAUUACCGCCACAAGGAUUCCAAGGCGUUUCGGGUAUUAGCCGGCGUGGCUGGGUCCGUGACAGCUAGCGUUCGACACGUUCAUUGGGAUCACAGCCGUCGGUUUCCCUCACCUGGCCACCAAAUUGUUGUUACUGUCGAACUAGACAGUAACAAAAGAAAAAAGAACUUAUUCUUUUGACCUAACCGAAAGCAAGGGAACAGAGGGACCAUCGAAAUUUCGAUAAGAUAGACACUAUUUAUAAUUUAUACAGAAUAAGGGUCGGUGAGCUGGCCUAAAGUAUGAGACGUUCUUGGUGUGAACGCCUCGUUGGGGGAUUUGGGGGAUAAGGGGGGAAUAGGAUUAACGCCGAAUAAUAAUGACCCGGAGGUUGUUGACUACUAUCAGUCAAUUCUGCUAUUACCAGCUGGUUAGUCACUAGUGUAAUGUAUGACCUUAAGAAAAUUACGUUAUAAAUCCCUUUUAUGCGGUGUGUCUUGGAACACUUAACCACGUAGGCAUUUUCCUUCUUUAUCUCACUGAUCUUAUAUGAACCCUCGAAUAGUAGAAAGAACUGUGUAAUCAAGUCCUAUAUUCGUUCUUAAGAGAUGACUAAUAACUAUUUUUAUUCCGGUGCUUUUGGUAGAACAGCAAAUCUCUGUGCCACAGAUACCUCUCUCUCAACCAUGUUUUAUUAUUUUUUAUAGAUGGCCUCCAUAUGACAUUAAAGAUCGUCAUUAUCUUGUCAUCUUCAAACUGGCUCUUUAUUAUUUUAUUGAUUUCCUUAAUAUUACUACUAUAUUUAUCAUCAACGUCCUUUAGAGUUAUUGCGCAAGCAUAUGUCUGAUUGUCUUUAUAAUACUCUGAUCAUUCCUGUCUGCUGGAUUCCUAUUUAGUCGAUCAUGUUCUUCGUGCCGAGAAUGUGUGUGACUUCCAGAUGGAAUUUCUGUAAAGCUAAAGUUCACCUUCUAAGCCGUGCAUUGCGUAAUCUACAUCGAUUUAGGAAUAUUAGAGUAAAAGGUAAAAGUUACAGAAAUCAAUAAAAGGUAGCAUUUCCUUCUUUUUUCGUGUAGCGGGGAAUAUAAACAGUCGAAAUACAUUCAAAUAAUGGCCGCCCAGGUGUCUACUGCCGAAAAGGUUUCGUCUUUCAUCCAAACUGGAUACUGAUUGUAUUUUUAUUUUUAUUCUUUAGUUUUAAAUAGUUGUAAGUCUUAUGGCAAUCAAAGAUUUCCGUCCGUGUCACGGGAUAGUAAAAUUUGUUCUCUUCCUCGCCCUCAUCCCCGACUGUCGAGCUGCAUCGUUAUUUUCUUUGUUGUUGCCGUUGUGGUCUGUGUGGUUGCAGCCAGUAUUGUACUCAGAUGCCUCGGCCGUCCAUUGUGUACGAGAAGUGGCUGAGUAUGUUGAAUUUCCUUCUCGCAGACAGUACGGCGCGAGGUGUCUAAGUUGCCUACCUUCAAGCGGAAAAGUAAAGGUCCUUUUAAACCAAUCUGGUCCUUCGAUCGCGAACCAUUUCUCACUUUAACAAUGAGUGUUGAACAUUAUCUAGAUAAAUAAUUAAUUGUCUUUUAUCUUAUCUAGAUAAUCAACAUAAAAGGUCUCUUGUUGUUUUUUUAUCAGUGCAAUAAUACAAACUGCGCAUAAUUUAAAAAAAAAAAAAUAUAAGUAAAACUAACACGUUCUAGACCUAAAAUAUACUUCAUAGUAAUACCAAUACAUUUCUUGCUACAUUCAGAAUUCAAAAGACCUCUAAAAUUGUAUGUAGACUUCGGAGACCGUUUGUGCCACACAUUCUUCAUACUUGGUGUUUUCUGCACUGUUAAUAAUACAAAAUGUAAUUCAGUGUUUUAUAAUUUAUGUGCAGCUAAACUUGAAAAAGAGAGUAAGUAAUUUAUCUUUAAAAAAGUACCUGCGUAAUUCGUAUUAAAUUUAUUAUUAAUUAUUUUCAAAAGUAUAAUUUUAAUUGCUAAUAAAACAACUUGUUGGUAAUUCAGUAUACAUAGGAACUUUGGGAAUAACUAAACAAAAAAAAGGUAAGACAUUUUUUAUUGGAUACGUUCACAUUUGUACUAAAUUAACAAAGUUAAAUAAUUAUAAUUAAAUACAUGUAUAUAACAUUUAAAAAUAAUUACUGAAAUGAUAUUGGGUUCUUUGUUUUAGAUUUUAAGACUAGUGAGGAACGUUUUACAUUGAUUAUUUUCUUUUUGUUUAUUAACAACUUUUCUAUCAGAAAUCUUACUUCGAUUAUCAAGUAUCUUUUCUAAAAUAUAAUCUAGUCUAUCCUAUUAUCUAAUUGGUGCAUUGAACAAGUUAGGUUCUUUAAUUUUUCUUGUAACCUUCUUAAUAAUUGGGAAACCGGGAAAAUAUAUCGUUUCCGUGAUUUUUGAUUUUGGUUUUUUGUUAUAUUUAAGUUUCCGAUUUUCGUAGAGAUCUGUCAUUUUCACAACAAUUUUUUUUUUUAUUAGUCUAAGAGCUAAGGGCCUUUCUAGAUUUGAUCAAAUUUUAAAACCAUUUUAGCGAAUUUUGAGCAACAUGUAGUCAUUCAAAAUGCUUGAGGUGUUUAAGGUCUUAUUUGGUUAUUUGUGGAUAGAAUUGUUUUGGUCCAGUAAAAAUUCUCAAUAAAUUAACAAGAGAUUUAUAAGUUGUAUCAUAUAAUCAAAAAAAAGUUGAAUGUAAUGUAGUAACUUUUUGUAUAAGUACUAUAAAUUGCAUAUUUUAUUGAAGUCACUGCUUUCAAAAUAUGUUUAACCAAACUUCGCUCAGAAUUGCUUUUCAUAAACAAUAAUUUAACGUUUUUUAAUCAACCCUAUAUGUAUGAUUCCUAUCUUCUUUUUCCAAGUAUAUCUGACGUACGUGAUGGGUUUGUUAAACAUAAUACUUCGCUCACGGCUGCCAUCGUUUAUUAAAUAACUUAUGAACUAACUUACACCGUUAUAUGAUUUAUAUCUACAACAGUAGCACACGCAUUAGCUAUAUCAGCUUUAUUAACAUUAUAUUAUCUAUAUAUUAUAUUAUAGUUAUUUAUAAACAUUGACAUUGAUUUCUGAAAAAAAAAAACAACUAGGUCCAAAACAAUCUAUCAAUGUGUGUUUUGAACAACUAACAAUUGUAAUUCAGUAUCGAGGGCUGCGAACCUAUGAUGCUAAGUUUAUUAAUAAUUCUAUAAGUCUAUAGACUAUAAAGUAAAUUAAUAAAUAAAUUAUAAUUAUAAUUAAUUAAAUUGAUAAUUUUAUUUAUAAUUAUCCUCGUAUUUAAAUCCUUAUUCCAGAUUUUAACUCAUUUUCUUAUUUUAUUAAAAUGUAAAUUAAAUUUUCCAAUUAAAUUUUAGAUUCACUAUUUCAUUACCAUGGUAAGAAUUUAUAUCAAUUUGAUCUUGUAUUUAGAAUUAAUUUAAAAUACCAACCGAUAGGUAUGACAAAAAUAUUAAUGUAUCAAAUAAUUUUUCAAAUAACAACCGAAAAAAGUAGGUAAAAAUUAAAAAAAAUAAAAACAAAAAUGUUGUACCAAUUUUCAAAUAAUUCUGGUCGUGACUGACAAUAGUUGUUGUGUGAUAAUAAUAUUAUCAGCUUAACCUUUUAGGUUAAGUAAAUUAUAUUGAUAGUAUGUUAUCAUAUCUGCUUUAUGUUUGUUCUACAUUAUGAUUAACAGUUUUCUUACGUCACUGUACAUAUUUAUUAAGUCACAAUAAUAAAUAAAACUAAUGUUUUCUAUUUAAUUAUUAAUUAAUAAAAUUACAAAUAAACACAACACUGGUCGAGAACGAUAUGAAUUCUACUUCGAUAAUGUCUAAUAUGAGGUUAGAGCUAAUAAUAUUGUAUUGUGUCUGUUACGGCGCGGGAUCUUAGCGAGCAGUUGUCUUACUACCGAUACGCAAUGGUAUGCUACUGUAAACCUGGUGAUCGGGUAGGAGGAUGAUUGAUAGGUUCGCGAGAAAAUUAAUAAAGCAAAAGGAUUUUACAGCAAUGAACAAUUUAUGUUAUAUUAUACGUAUGGUCGAGAAGAAUACAGAAUGUUAUUAAAAUAUGUAGGUAUCUUUAACGUUUAUUAUGUUAAUUAGACAUAAGUUAUAAUUAUUACCGCAGUAUCCUAGUUAUCGGCGUCGGGACAGUGGUGGCGGAGAUCCGGGCGGCAACGGCUACGGCGGCGUUAUCUGGUAUCGAAAUAGUCACAGGAGUAAGUCAAAGAUAACACCGAUUGGCGUUGCGGCGGUGGUGCGUAAUGCACAGCGGUGCGUAAUCCACGGCGGUGCGUAAUCCACGGCGGCAGCUACAGCAACGACGGAGCUUAAAAGCCGAACAACAAUAAUAUGCCGUCAGUUUUUAUUAAUAAAUACGCGUCCAACGGCACGACGGCAAACGGUUACCGGGACCGUAAUUGGAUUCCCGUGGACAUCCACGACUAUCGGGGUACACAAUACAAAGAAAAAGGGGUUUACGGUCGGGCGCAUGGACACCGUGGCGAAGUAGCAGAAGCGACUGGUGACCAGAUGUGGCCAGACAAAGGUUCGUGCGGCCAGCGGCGGGCUAAUAAGGCCACCUGACAGAAUAAUAGACUGCGUGGGUUGGUGAUCUAGGCCAUUCUGGGUAUUUUUUUCUCUAACUGUAAACCACUUUUCUACCAGAAGUUUUACUCCGGUAUAUAUAGUGUAGCACCUUCUCUAAAAGAAAAUAUUAUCAAGUUGAUGCAUUAAUAAGGUCAUAUUUUAAUUUUUCAAAAUAAUUGGGAAAAUCUUAAAAGAAAAUUAUAGAUAAAACAGCGACACGGUGUUUCCGAUUUCAUUGUUUGUAAUAUUUCCAACUUAUGUUUUCUACCAGAAAUAUAUUGAGAAAAUUAGUACUAUUCGUAUUUCAACGGACCUUACUCACUUACAACGUAAAUAUCUCUCAAAUAUUUUAACCGAGUUAAAGUCAAGGAAGGAUGCUGGAGAACACAAUAUAUUUAUUAAAUAUAUAAACGAGUUACCAACCAUCUCGAAAAAUGAACGUACAAAUUUAAACUGACUAAAUGAUCUUUCCAUUUACUACCAAAAAAACCGUGGCAUGAAAACCAAAUUAGAUUUAUUUAUACAAAACCUUGCUCUUUCCAACUACGACAUUAUUGUACUCUCUGAAACCUGGUUGUCGGGUGAUGUUAUUGAUGCGGAACUCGGACUUUGUCCCAAUUAUCAAGUUUUUCGUUGUGAUCAUUGCAGUAUACGUGGAGUUCAGAUAAGAGGCAGCGGUGAACUAAUCGCAGUAAAGAACAAUUUUGUUUCUCGUCAACUGCAUCUCCAUGAAAACCUACUUGAACAACUAUUUGUAAAAAUUAACUUUAAGACCCACUCGUUGAUCUUGUGUUCUGUAUAUUUUCCACCCAGAUCUGAUAUUAGUUUAUAUAACUCAUAUAUUAGUGUCAUAGACAGCCUUAUGCAAAAUAAUCCAAAUUAUAAAUUCCUAAUCUUAGGUGACUAAUAUUAAUUGGGUACCAAUUAAAAAUUUUGCAACUCCGAAUCUCUCAACUGUAACAUUAUAGCUGGUUUUUCAUAUCUAAGUAUGCUACAAUUUAAUCUUGUAUAUAACCGUUCUAGUUCAUUAUUAGAUCUUGUUUUUUCUAAUGUAAAUAAUACAUAUGUGUCCUCUGUAACCUGUCCACUUGUGCCGUUAGAUCGUAUGUAUCACCCUGCCCUUGCAAUUAAACUAUCUAUUUUAUUUUUAGAAUCUCUAAAGUAUAAAGAACAAGUAUUUGAUUUUAAAUAUUGCGAUUAUGGUAUAAUUAGAUCAAGGAUUGCAUCAAUUGACUGGAAUAGUAUACUUAAUAAUAUAAAUAUAAAUUAUGCAGUUAAUAUUUUCUAUGAAUAUAUAUUUAAUAUUAUCGAUUCUUAAUGUCCGAAAAAAUACUUACUCACUCCAAAACAUCCGUUAUGGUUUAGUAGCACAUUGAAAAACCUAAUAUUUAAGAAGAAAAUAAGUCAUAUCAUUUAUAAACGUCCACCGACUCAAUAUAACUACAACAAUUUUUCGAACAUUCGUGCUCUUUGUAAGAGACAAAACAAAACUGAUUAUAAUAACUUUAUCUCUAAUACCCAAAGCUCAAUAAACAUAAAUCCCACACAAUUUUGGAAAUUUAUAAAUACAAAACGUUUAAACUCAGCCCUACCAGCAUCUUUGUCAUAUAAUAAUUUAACUUACACUAACGGAGAUGCUAUAGCAAACACUAAUUUGCUAAUUAUUUUUCUAGCGUAUUCAAACAACCGACUACUCAAUAUAGCAAACUAGACAAUUUUAAUAUGCUAACUGUUAAUUUUAAUGCGUGUGUUUUAAAUCUAUGUGACGUCUAUGAAGAGUUGAACUGCCUGAAUACAAAAACAUGUGCUGGUCCGGACAAGAUUUCGACUAUAUAUUUUAAAGAAUGCAAAUUUGUCUUAGCUAUUCCACUAUUAUAUUUAUUUAAUAAUUCUUUUAUAUCUGGUUUAUUUCUGGAUAAAUGGAAAAUUAGCUAUAUAUCGCCCAUAUCCAAGGGUGACGAUUCUAAUCAAGUAAUUAACUAUUGUCCAAUUACAAUAACUUCUAUAAUACCAACAAUUUUUGAAAGUAUUGUGUCUAGAUUAAUUAAUGCAUUAUUUAAAUAUAUUAUUAUUAAUGAACAGCAUGGCUUUAUGUCAGGUAGAUCUACGACUACAAAUCUCUUAACAUUCCAGCAUUAUAUUAUAGACGCAUUUAAUCAUGGCCAUCAAGUGGACGUUAUUUUCACGGACUUUUCAAAAGCAUUCGACACUAUCGAUCACUUUAUCCUAGCUGUAAAAUUAAAAUGUUUAGGUUUUCGUAACAAUUUUCUUUCAUGGCUUGUCUCUUUUAUCACUAAUAGGAAGCAAUACGUAAAAUAUAAAAAUUUUUGCUCAAGUCACUUUAAUGUUACCUCUGGGGUCCCUCAAGAAUCUCAUCUAGCACCUCUCUUAUUCAACUUAUUCAUAAAUGGCAUACAAUUUUCUAAUUCAGAUAUGCUACUAUUUAUUGACGAUCUCAAAGUUGUUCGUAUUAUUAAAACGUCUAAUGAUGCCGCUAUGCUUCAAAACGACUUGAACUACCUCUGUGAUUGGUGUGACUAAAAUAAAUUAUGUCUAAAUAAUAGUAAAUGUAAAUUAACGACGUUCUCGAAAAAGCGAUCUCCAUACCUCCACAGUUAUUAUUUAAAUGAUCGUGUACUCACUCGUUUCAACCUAAAUAAGAAUUUAGGUAUUUAUUUUGAUAAUUCACUAUCUUUCAAUACUCAUUGCACACACAUACAAAGCAAAACGUCAUCGAUGUUAGGUUUUAUAACCAGAACCUGCAAAGACUUCAAAAAUCCUAUUGCGUUAAAGUCACUACUGUGCGUAUGUAAGUUCAACUCUCGAUUACUAUUCUAUAGUUUGGUCACCGAGUACGGUAGGUUCAAUACAAGCCAUAGAAUCAAUACAAAAUCGGUUUUUGAGAACAGUAUCGUUCAGAUGUAACAUCAUACGACAACCUCACUCCUCUUACCAACCAUUAUUGAUCUUUUUAAACCUUGAAUCUUUAACAACUAGACGAAUAAGGUUAGAUCUCUGCUUCAUUUUCAAAUUAGUUAUUGCAAACAUUUAUUGUCCUGGUCUACUUGCCAAAUUAAGUUUUAAUAUUUCAAAUCGUAGCACCAAACAAUCCAAUACUUUCUAUGUACCAUUUCAGUCAACAAACUACCGUCAAAAUGCUCCUUUAAAUAGAUGUAUGUUAUUAAUUAAUAAGUAUAAUUUCGAUCUCUUUUUAUGUACAAGUAUAAAUGCUUUUAAUAUAUAUUUAAAUUGUUACUUUCCUAACUAUUGACAUAACCCUUUAUAAUCGAUGUAAGAUGCUAUCUAACAUAUAUACCUAAAUUUGAAUGAUUUUAUUUCCUCUAUUAAGUAAUUAACUAUUAAUGUAAAACACCUAUCUAUUAUCUACUUUUUUAAACUAUACAACUAUAUUAUCAUAUGUAAUAAUUUUAUACUAUUAUAAUCUUAUAUUGUAAUUGGGCAACAGCCCGUCUAAAAUAAAAAUAAAUAAAUAAAUAUAAUCUCGCGGUUAAAGCAGCACACGAAAGAAACGGUGUCCGAAUUACGCAAAGUUUGCCCACAUACUUAGUCGCCAGCAAUUUCUGAAUGUUCACUAAAGCCAAGCACGUCCAUGAGGGAGGAGAGAAGGAGGAAAGGUCAAAGGAAUCAUUGCACCUCUUCUUUCGGUGCCGUAUGAUGUUCCAUAUUUAUAUAAAAAAUAUCUAUUCAUAGUUUUUAAGUUUUAAUUUUGAAAAACAAAGUACCUUAUUUAAUAUUUUAAUAUUCUCCCCCUCCCUACCCCGUGAAAUUAAUCAGAAGGAGCCCUUGAUGAUACCAUUAUUAUAUUUAUUAUAUAAAUUGCUGUAUUUAGUAUCUUUAACUUAUUAUUUAUAUUAUAUACCCUUAUUAAAAUAGAAAAUAAAAUAAUCAUUUGUUAAAAAUAUUUAAUAAAAACAAAAAUAAUAAUAAUAGUUUUAAAAAAGUCAUAUAACUAUCUUAUAUGAAAUUAAUUUGUGUUAGAAUUUAGCUACAAAAAAUGUAAUCAUUAUGUUUUAUAAUUUUACAGAAGUUGAGCAUUUUUUGGACUUUGAUAUAAACAAAUUUAGUAAUAUUAUAUUAAUUAUUAUGAUUAUAUUAAUUAUUACUAAUAUAUAUAUUAUUUCUUCUUACAAAUCCCGUAUUUCGAAAUUAUAAUUAUUUUUCAAACGCAUUUCUAAAAGAAAAUACGCUAUAAUUAAAAAUUGAAUUUAAUUAAAAUAAAAAUUGUAUUAUCGUUCUGUUUAGGGUUAAUACAAUAAUUAUACAUAUUUUUUACAAUUUUCCUUGUGUUAACACAACGUUCUUCGCGAUGAUUUACUUCAAUGAUUCGACAUAAAAGGCCAUCUAAUCAAAAUUUAAAUAUUUUUGAACACUUCAGAUUAAUGAAAAAUCAUAAGACACUAUAUCUUACGCAUCUAAAGAUUUAUUUAUUUUCGAUAGGAUACUCAUUAUUUCGGAAAAUAUUAAUUUUUUCGGACCAUUUUUGAAUAAGUAGCUCUUAUAUUACUGAACAGUUUAUUUAGCACCCACAAUAUUUGAAUUUUAUAAACGCAUGUGGUUUUUUUUAGAUUAAUAAAUCAUUGCCACUAACAGAUACCCUAAUCUUUCCUAUUACAAGUAUAAGUAUAAUAUGAGUCAUGGUACAGUUACCCUGGCUUCACCACUUUUAAAUAAUAACAAAUUUGACUUCAAAAUCAACUGGUAAUAUAUUAUAAUUUGUAACUAUAAAAAAAAAAAAAUGUAACCGUCAUAUAACUCCGAAAAAUCGGGAUUUCUACUAACGGUAUUCGAAAAUUAAUUAAUACAAUACCAUUCUCAUAAAAGAUUGGUUGACCACUCCGUCUUUUUUUACGACUAUUAAUCAUCCUAAUACCACGACCACCACAAAUUGAUGAAAUAAAAUUAUGUGUUAACUUUAUACUCGUAUAAAUUAUUUGUAUGAUAUUUUCUUGUAAUUUGUAGCGUUAAUUUAAAAUACAUAUUUUCUACUAGUGGCACGUGAUCUGUACUCGGACACGUUUUCCAAUUGGCCCAUGAACACGUAUCAUCCGUUGUUGCAUAGGAACGUCGUCAGUUUACCACACCCGUAUUAAUAGCCAGAUUAGCACAGAUUUUUACAAUUUUUUCCUUAAGGCUAAAGUUAGUUGUUACAUUUUUUUUUUUUUCAUUUAUAGUUAUAUCCUAUGGUUAGUUAUCUUAAAACAAAUAAACACAAUUAGUACAAUUUCCCUUCUCCAAAUGAUAAUAUUAAUAAAAUAUGAUAUUAUAAAUUAUGAUUUUACAUUGUUAUUAUUUUUCUUAUUAUUCCUUUUUAAACAUUAUUCGAUCAAAACUUUAAAUAUAUACAUAUUUAUAGCUACUAGAUCAAGAAUAAUCUACACAAACUGUACAUAUACCUUAUUAAGAUACAUCGACUUGAUUUAUAUCAACGUCCGAACCCUUUAUGCCAUAAUAUCUACUUCCUUCCCAUUACAUAGACAGUAAUAUUUUAUAAAUAGUAUAAAAAUAGACACCAACUGACUGAAUGAUGUAUUAACACAGAGCUACUGAAAUUCAUCUCUAAGUUAAUCACCGCUAACAAAAAGAUACAUAAUAAAUCAUAUAAUACCAGUCGAUUUUGAAAUAGACAUUUUCAUUAUGUAUAAGUAGUGUUGCCAGGGUAACGUCAACCUAAAACCACUAGUAAAAAUCCAAUUUUCUGGAGUUCUACGGCAGUUAGAACAUUUUUUUUUUUGUGGUUUCAUAUCGUUACAUAACAUAUUACAUAAUACCAGAUGGUUAUAAAGUCAACAUUUUGAUAUGCUUGUACCACCUCAAUAAAUAAAGUUCACAAUAAACAUUCAAACUGAAUUAAGCUCUCUAAUUUAAUUAUUUUUUAACUUAUUUUGAAAAUUGUUUAAACAAAAUAAAUAAACAUUUGAAAAACUACAUUUAUAACCGUACUUUCAGAUACGUUGAAUGAAGAAUGCUUCCUUGCAUUACUUGUUUACGUAAAAAAGAGUUUGUAUUGUGAUCAUGAUGGUAAUUUUAUAGAUUUUUAAUACUUGUAUAUUAUUUAUUGGAAAAAAGUUGUUUUUAAAAAUGUAUAUAUUUUAUAUGAAAAUAAAAAGACUUGAAAAUAAUCCAUGUCAUUAGAAGUUGACUUCAUUAAGUUGUAUGAACGGAAAGGGUGAUGAGGACUCAUAAGAAAUCUGUAUCUAAAUUUAACGAUUUUAUUACAUGUACUUUAUAGUUCUAUAAAAUAAAAAUAUUAAAUACCUUUUCUAUCACUUUUUUACUUAAGUUAUAUUAUUUUUUAAUGAAAAUAAAUACAUGUAACCAAUACUAGUAUUAUAUAAUAUCAGCUAACCCGACAAUACUUUCCUAUUGCUAUAGUGAUAAUAGUGUAAAUAAUAAAUAGUAAUAAUAAUAAUAAUAAUAUUAAUAAUAAUUUUCUUGUCGGUAACAACUAAAUUAUCAUCGAUGUCAUCAAGAUGACCUACGAAUAAAAAAAAUAAAUAAACAAUUAGAAUAUAUUCAUACCAAAAAUAUCUAAAAACUCAUAUUUUACCCACUUGGAAGUCGAAUUUUCAAAAGUUCUUUCUUAGCAGAUGCUUAAAUCAUAAUAGCCAAAUUUCAGUUCGAUCCAUGCAAUGUUUUGAGCUUGGCCUGGGAUGACAAAAAAAUUAGUAUGCGUGCCAAACUUAGCAUGGGAGAAAUUUUCGAUGGCACCGGAAAAACUUGCAUGUGUCCAUAAAUGUUUUUUAAAUAUUUAAAUAACACGUAUUGACAAAAUUAGAUUUUCGAUUGUGUAUUAAUAAUAGGUAUUUUAUUUAUUAAUCUGUCAACAAUUUUGCGAUUUUGUUGUUAACAAUUUUCUCUUCGAUUUAUACUUACAGAAUUUACUUUUUCGUAUUAAAUCAUGUGCACUCUUAAGACUAAAAUCAGAUUAACCAAGAAAGUGGCUAUCAAAAACAUAUCACCCAGACACCUAUCAAGUAAAAUGAUGAUGUUAAGUUCUUAACGAACAAUAUAAAUUCGAUUUUUUUUUCUCUUAAAUGACUUACUGUCAUUAAUUUUACAUUUACAUCUUGAAAUAAAUUCUCUAUGUUGGUAAAUAAUAAAAAUAAUAAUCAUGUUACUAAAAUUAUCUUAAUACACAUUGUCAUCAUAAAAAAAACUACUGGCAUGGUCGACAAUUUUAUUUUAAUUAUAUGAUGAAUUGGCACAUUGAAUAAAUCGUGUUUGUCAUACCUAGGCUAGGCGAUGAUGAAUCAGACAGUCAGGACAUGUUAUUUUAGAUAUUGUUAGGCUAUCUCCAAUUCUGAAGCAUUUUACAAUUUCCCAAUUUACAAAUGUGUUGGUAUACAUAUUACUUAUUAGUUACUUAUUUUUUAUACUAAUUAUUUACAUAUUAUUUGGCUUUUUUUUCUAGCUAAAAAAAAAAAAAAAAAUUUACAAGAAAUAUUUAAAUACUAUGUGACGCUUGCACGCGUAUUCAGUAGUAAGUAUAAACUAUGAAUUAAAAAUUAAACGAAAAUUAACUUUAAUAAAUUAAAUGGGAAGCUAUUUAAAAUAUAAAUAAUGUUUUACAUUCUAUGUUUGUAAAUAAAAACAAUAUUAUUAUAUUUUAUUAUACUAGUAUCAAUUAUAAAUUGAGGAUUAUAACGGGUUUUUAGUUUAUUUUAAAAAAUUAAAAAAGUUUGAAACGGCAUUGUAUUUAUAUAAAUAUUUAAAUUGUAUUCAACGUACAAAAAUUAAAUUAAAAUAACUUAUAUGUUUAGAAGAGUAAAGAUAUUUAUUUCUAUUUAUUCUAAAAAUAUAAAUAAAAAUAAAGAGUCCCUGGCACAUUUGAUUAAAACAAAAGUAAGAAAAGUAGAUUCGAAACGGAGCGAAGAUGUAUUGGUUUUACUAUGAGUGUUUGAUUUUUUUUUCUGUCUGAAAACAACUUUUCGAAAAUAAAACUUGCUUCAAUGUAGAUUUGAGAGGAAAAUUUUCUGAUUUUCCAAGGAGAUUUUCAAAACAAUUGGAAAAAACCAGAAACACAAUUAUAAAUAAACCGGCAAAUAUUAAAUAUUAAAAUUUUAAGUACACUACAGUGUUGCCGAAUUCAUUGAUUUAAUUUUUUUCAACUAAAUUUUCUACCAGAAAUAUUUCUCUAUUAGAAAAAUGACAAAAAAACUUUUUACGUUGCAUUAUUAAUCUUUUUGGUGAGCAAUAAUUCGUUAUUUUUUUAUUUUCUUAGUUUUUAUAAUAGAUGGGAAAAAUUGGAAAAAGACGAAAAAUGUAACCAGAUAAAUUUACGGUGUUAUUAUUGUUUCUUUUAUUUUAUAUUUCUAUGACUUAUAUUUUCUACCAGAAAUAUUGCUCAAAUAGAAAAAUAAAAACAGACAUUUUUUUUAAAUUUUUAAUUUAGUUAAUGAGAAGGAAAGUAAUUUCUGGUUAUCCAAAGGAUUUCUAAAAUAAUUAGAAAAAAUCAAAAACAAAAUUAUUAAAAAACCGUCGGCGCACCAAGACGUUACCGAUUUCAUUAUUUUUAAUUUUUAUGCAUUAUGUGUUCAAUCAAAAAUCUUGCUUUGAUCAAAUAAUUGCCUAAAAAAAUUUUGUGUUUUAUUUUUAAUCUAGUGAAUAAUAAAAUCAUUUUUUUGAUUUUCUAAACAGUUUACAUUAAUAAUUAGAGAAAAUUCGUAAUAGUUAAACUGACAAAUUUACGACGUUAAUGAUUUCACUAUUUAAAAUUUGUUCAAUUUUUUUUUUCUGUACCAGAAAACUUAAACCAAAAUUGAAAUGUUGCAUUUUUUCCGAAACAAAAUAUUAUAUUCUAGAUGUGCAAGAAGUAGUUAUAUUCUUCCUUUUUGAGUAUGGUUGAAUUAUAGGUAAUUUUAAAGUGGACAACUUUGAGCUAUUUAGAGGCAUUUGACAUUUUCGAGAUUUUUCAGUUUUAUUUAGUUUUAUAAAUGUGUUGUUUGAUAAAUUGAUAAAAUAUUUUGCUGAACAUGAAUGAUUGAAAUUUAACACGAGCUUAAUUGGGUGAUUAAAAAAAAUAAGUUGAGCUUAAUAUAGUAGUUUUUUUUAAGGAAUUUUAAAUUUCACAUUCGUACAUCAAAAUUUGUAUAAAUGACUCAGAAUGGUGUACCAUGUGAUCCAUUUAAGUGGGUACACUCAUUAUCUCGGAAAGUAUUAAUUUUUUCCGGAAUUUGUUUUCUAGUAAAUUUAAGAAACAAGCAGCUCUAGAAUUUUAUAUUUACAUUAUUUUUUGUAACCCUUAUUUUGGAGGGUAAAAGUAAAACCACUAUUACUUUUGAUUUUCAAAUGGCAACUUAUAUUAAAAGUGUCAUAAAUAGAUGGAGUAUUGAAGGAGAGUAAUAGAGUAUCAUUUGUAUGGUGCUACGGUAUGCAGCGUGUUAAUAAUUCACCACAACUCUCCUCCAACCCAAACUUAAAAGUGGAAUAUCUUCAAAUACGGAUACGAAUACGGAUGACGGUAAUCAAAAAUUUCAACACUAAAAUUUAUUUUAAUUAAUACUCCAUCUAGUAGUAGUUUUUAAUAAUAGUGACAAAAAUAACAUAUAUAUAAAAUUGUAGAGCUGUUUGUUUCUUAAUGUUCUAGAAGACAAAUUCGGAAUAAAGUUAAUGCUUUUAAAGGUAAUUAGUGAACCCACUUAAAUAGAUCGCCUGAUAUACAUGUAUACAAUGAUUUAUCAUUGUUAUACAUGUAUAAAUUAAUAAGAAUUUAAUGUAUCUUGUCUUCCUAUUUACAACAGUAGAACACCUAUUAACAGUAUCAACCCAUAGUUUAGUGUUUACUGUAUUUUUAUUUUAAGUUAAAAAAAUGUAUUGACUUAAAUAAAAAUAAAUAAAUUAUGGGAUAUUCUUCUUCAUUAAUUAUUCAAAUUUAUUAUUAUUUUAGAUGAGUUUAAAAAUGUAUUAGAAUCAGAUUUGUGGGCAUUUUACAAAGACAUUCGUGGUAGGUUAAUUAAUAUUAUAAGUAUUUAAUUUCCUAAUAUUAUUUUUAGUAAUUACAAUAUUAAAUUCAAUAAUGUAUUCAAUUUUUUCACACGCAUGGACCUAUGUUCCCGGUAAAAGUUUUUUUGCCAAAACUAGAAUAAAUAAAUAUCUCUCAACCUUAAUUUCCACACCUCCGAUAGGUUUAUUCUUGACCGUUAAAAGUGUUGAUCAUUAAUUUUUUAAUUCUUCUGAGGACAAAGAAUGAUCUGUCAUCACUCACAUUGAAACAUGGUAUACAAGAUAUACGUAUACUAUAUGUUUAAAAUAAUUAAAACAAGAAAAAUCACUGCCAAAAAAAAAAUUGAAUAAUUUAGUUAAAAUAAACCAUUAUCUUUCUUGACAAUUAAUAUAGCCAUUUUUGGAAACUAAACUAUUUCUUCGAUAAGGAUAUAUCUAAAUAUUGGUUGUAUAUAUUUAUAUUAUGCAUUACGGUUUUAAGUAGUGUCAAAAAAUCUAAGUUAGUCAAAUUACUUAAAAAUCCAAAAUUUGAAUGGACAUUACAUAAAAUGUCUUUCAUUCGCAUAUAUUUGAAGAUAAAGUCAAUUUUAUGUCAAUGAAAGCAAUGUCAAUUAUAACAUAAAAAAGUAUUAUUCUUCAUUUUAUUAUCACCAUGAUGUAAAGUAGCAUUAGUAUCUACAGAAUUUGAAUUAUCAAAAUAUCUUUUCUUCUUAAUAACUCUUGAUUUUUCCCAUGAAAAUGUUUUUUUUUUCAAAAUAGUUCUUUAGAUUUUUUUCUCACUGUUAUCAAAUAAUUGUCUAUAGUCUCGUACCUAAAUUUAAAUCUAAUGAUUCAUAUAGUGAACCAAUAAUUGAUAAAUUUAUCUUUUGACUGUAAUAUUUUAAAAAAUAAAUUGUAAUACUCAUAUAAUAAAUUAAAAUAAAACAUAUAAGCCACAAGUAUUACUAUUUAAUAAUAGUUAAUUAUAAAAUAUAAUAGCUGUCCCGCGUUCGGCAUUGUCCGUUCCAAUUUUUUAUUCUUUUUACCUUUAUUCUCGUUUUGCUUUGCCCGUAUCAGUAUAUUGAACGAAAAAAAAUAGGUAAAAGUGGGUCAGUGGCGAAUUAAAAGUGUUCUAGUGUUUCAUACAUUUUUCAUCCAUGUUACCAUAGAUACUCAUACAGCACAGGGAUUAAACUAUAUAUUCACUAUAAUAAAGCUAAAAUUAUGAGGACAUAAUAGUACUGUAGAGUAGUAUAGUUGUUACUGUACCAAAAAAUACAAAGAUUCAAAGAUGACGUUUUACAUGUUUUCACUUUUCUCUUACUCACUCAGUAAAGUCAUAGGUUUUUUUUUCAUCUAUGUUAUCAAGUUGGCUCAUUCUAUUUCAAGCCAAUAAUAGACCAGCAGACAGUCAAAUAGACUAUUUUAAGUUGUUAUAGUUGUUGUGGUAUUUUUAUUUCUGUUUAUUUUUUUUAAAUUUUUUGUUUGGUCUUUCAUUUCAUCCAUGUAACUAUAUUAACCCAUAAUUCAACAAAAAUAAUUUAAUUUCGAUACAAAUAAUACCUGUGAACCUUUAAUCCCCCAUUUAUCCCCUUCUAGUUUUUUUUUUAGACAAAAAGUAGCCUAUGUUUUUCUCUAUGUGUUAAUAAUAUUAAUAUAUGAGUUAAUAUCUAAUAUUUAUUUCUAUACCAAAAUUCAUCAAAAUUGGUUCAGUGGUUUAAGCAAAUGUAACAGACUUACUUUCAUAUUUAUAAUAUUAGUUAAGAUGUAUAUUGUAUAUUAUAUAUUGUUAUAUAGUAAUACACGUGGUGUACAUAUACACUUAUUUUAUUUGAUGUAAUAUUUUGCUUGUAAUAUCAAAUCUUUGCAAUAUUGGAAUCCAUACUUUCAUCAUAAAAACAGACUUAAAUUUUUCCAAUUUUUUUUUAUUUAUUUGCAGCAUGUCUAUACCCUGUCAACUUAAUAGUAUACCCAGUGACGGACGAAAACACGUCCAUUUUCGCGCAUGUGUUUCCACUCCGGGUAACAGUACUUUCACUCACCCGCCUAUCAAUUUCGCCACCACCGACACACACGGUAUACAACAUACAUAGAGAACAACAUAUCGAUAACAUUUUGUUUUAAUGGCCUUACCGCGUACACGUAUUUUCUCGCACAAAUGCUCUGUUUUAAUUUAAAUAAACGCUACAAUUUACGUUUAAGUAUUGUAAUUUUUCUAUGUUGCCCGUUAAUUUGACUGAAACAUUAUAAGUAUACAUUAGGAUUUAUUUGGCGAUUGGUAUUAUAUAUAUUAAUUUUUCUCACUAUAUACAGGACAGCGCGUGACUUACAGAUUUAUGCGCGAACGGGUAUACGAGGUAUGGCUAUUAAACAACGAGACUGGUUACGAAAAAGUGUUAUAUUAUAAAAAUUAUUCUACAUUCAAAUGUUCCCCUUCAAUAUAUUCCCCUCCCCUCGCCACACACCUUUCUAUACGUUUUUUCCAUUGAUCAAAGCAGUGCUGGAAGUCUUCUUUGGUGAGGGCCUUUAGGAGCUCUGCCGUUUUUUGCUUUACCGCUUCCAUCGACUCAAAUUGGGUCCCUUUCAAAGCAGAUUUUAUCUUUGGAAACAAAAAAAAGUCACACGAUGCCAAAUCUGGCGAGUACGGCGCGUGUUCGAGCACUGGAGUCCGCUUACCGGCCAAAUACUGCUUCACAGAUAGCGCAUUAUGGGCAGGUGCGUUGUCCUGGUGCAAAAUCCACGAGUUGUUCUUCCACAAUUCGGGCCGUUUCUUACGAAAUUUUUCUCGCAGUGUUGCCAAAACUGAUAAAUAGUAAAUUUGGUUGACAGUCUGACCCUCUGGAACCCAUUCAGUCAUCACGAUACCAUUAAUGUCAAAAAAAACGAUCAACAUUGCCUUAAAUUUUGAUUUGGACAUCCUUGCCUUUUUGAUUCUAGGCGAUUCAGGUGUCUUCCAAUGCAUCGAUUGUCACUUUGUUUCAACAUCGUAUUGAAAAAUCCAUGUUUCGUCGCAAGUUAUAAUGUUUUUCAUCAGUCCGGGAUCUUCUUUUAACUUUUCAAGGAAAUCUGAGCAGACCUGUUGACGCAAGAACUUUUGGUCAGGAGUCAGGUUUUUUGGCCCCAACUUCGCACAGACUUUUGUCAUAUGUAAUUCCUCUGGUAAAAUUUUUCUAACCAUUUAUUUAUUGGCGUUUAUAGCCUCGGCAAUCAUCCGGAUGCUCAUUCGACGAUCUGCACGCACAAUUUGGUUUAUUUGGUUGAUUUGGGUGACAGGGCGACCUGGGCGCUGGUCAUCUUCAGUGCUCUCUCGGCCUUCACUGAAGCGCUUAUACCACUCAAAAAAACGUGCACGAGAUAGAGAAUUGCCUCCAUAGGCUUCUUGCAACAAUUUAUAGCACUCGGUUGGAGUUUUUUUCAAUUUAACGAGAAAUUUGAGAUUGAUACGUUGCUCCUGUUUUUCGUCACACAUGGUUUUCGGCACGAGAAAAAAACACGUUCGUUUCAAACCACUACUGCACAAAUACUAUAAUAGUGACGAAAACGUGUUUUGGUACGUGCAUAGAUAAGAUAUCUAGAUACCCAAUGCAUUACUCGUUUUUUUCACUACUCAUCUAGGGCGCCCUCUAGGGGAGCAGUCUCGUUGUUUAAUAGCCACACUUCGUACUCUUAGUAGUUGGACAGGGUAUAGUUGACGGUGUUUAAAGUUUAAAUUUUUAUCGUAUUACAACAAGUUCACAACAGCAUCUCUCUCAAUAGUACUAACAUUAAGAUUUAAGAUUAACUAAAAUAAUAAAUAUUCAUUCAAUUAAAAAUUUGUAUUAUUAUAUUUAUUAUACAUAACGAACAAUAUUAUCGACUUUUUUUUGACACUCUUAAAUAUUUUACCGUUCUUGUUAUUUAUAGAAACUCCUUCUUUUAACCGAUCCCCCUUCAACUCCCCCAAGUCAAUGAGAUAUGAUAUAUUUUGCUCAAAAUGACCAAGCAAUAAUUUGAAACAAAACUAUUUAUACCCGGGAAUGUUAAAAUUCUUGCUAACUGAAAGUUCCUGAUAAGAUUAAUUUAGUACCUACCUACCUACAGUCUGCUCUCGGGAAAGUCCAUGGUGUGAGAGGUAAAUCACGCCGAAAUUAAAUGUAUUAUACAAUGUUGAUUAGUUGCGAUUGAAAACAAAGUAGAAUAUGCAGAAAUUGACUUUGAAUUAGCAGCCCAACUAUUGAUUGAAUAUAAUAAAGCUAGAUGGCAGACACCGAAAGGUAAAUUUAAUUUAUUGUAAAACUGUUAUUUUUUCCAAUGUAUGAUUAUAUAGUAAUUUAGAUAAGAAUUCAAGAACUAUUAUUCUAAACAUAUUAAUACGCAAUAUCCAUACACUUAUAUAGAAUAAUACAGUUUAUGAAAUAAAUUAUUAAGACAAGAGGACUAGAGAAUGGUAAUAAAUUUAAUAUCUAUAAAUCAAUGUUUCUUAAAUUUUUUGAGAUUAAGGAACAUCAAACAAUAAUUUUUUUUAUACGUAACCCCUAAAAUAUAAAUAAUUUUUAUUUUAAAAAGAUAUCUAAAUUGUUUUGUUUAUUCAUUGGUGGUAAUAUUAUUAUAAUAAAUUUAAUACAUUUUUAUACUUGCACACAUGACGGUGCAACAAAGAAAAAAUUUGGUAAAUUAUCUAGGGAAAAUCAUUAAUAGUAAAUACUCACUAAAAAUAACUAAACUCACUGAACCGCGUAGCUGGCUGCAGCGUAGACAUGCGUAGCAUUUCAUUGCUAAUUUUGGUUUUUUCAUUCCUAUUAUCGUUAAAUGAAUGUAGAAUUUUAGUUAACUUUUUCAAGGCCUUUCCGAAACCCAUGCGAGUUAUUCGCGAAAUACCAGAGUUCCGCGAAACACAGCUUAAGUAACACUACUAAGUACAGAUAAUGCUAACCGUCUACUGAGUCUAGAUUUCAAACUGUAAUGAUUCAUAUAUGACAAUGUAUCCAAUGACUUAUGCAUACCAACAUUUUUAGAAAAACGAGAUAUUUUCGAAUUUGUUUUGAAAAAAAAGACGUUGCUAUCUGAAAAUAAAAAAUUAAUAGGUAUUUUUGGUGUACGAAAUGUAAGUGUACCUACAAUUAUUUUGAAAGUAUAUGUAAAUAAUAUCAUUAAACAAGUUAAUUAUGACUGAGAAAUCAAAAUCAAUUCCACUCAAAAUGUUCGUACAUAAACGCUAGAUCAUGAAUGAAUCAUCUUGUAAAUAUAAUGUAUUGCAAUAUUAACUAUUUACUUAUGUGCCUAUUGUAAAUAGGAAAAUCUGGCAAAUAUAAAAUUAAUUACGUUUUUGAGUUAUUUAUAUUGAUAUUACCUUGUUAAAUAAAUAGGUAUUUGAAGAGUUCAAAAUACACGUGACGUAUUCUACAAAAUAUAAGAUAUCUAUUUAAAUAUUUUGAUGAUAUUUUUACAUUAUAUUUAUCAUCACAUAGUACUAGAUUUUCAAAUCGUAUAAUCAAUAAGUCCCCAUAAAUCGAGACAAAAAUAUAUUAAUUUACCUUAGUAUAAACUACUUUAGUGGAUACUUUUUUAAUCAUAUUGUUAAUCUUUUAUUGGUUUUUUUUUAUUCUUCCAUUUAAGCACAAUAUGAAUUAUAAAUUUGACGAUCAUAUGAUUGGAAUUUUAAUAAUAGCCAUCUAAUAGGUAUUUCACACUGUUUAAUUAAAUUCGAUUUGUAUUAUUUUUUAGCAAAGGAAAUUUUUACUGAAUAUAAAUCAAAUACUGGAAAUGUGUUAACGAAAAAGGCCUACAAAUUUUGUGAAAAAAACUUGAACACGAGUAAAUAAUUAAUAUUAGAAAAUUACAUAACUUAAUAUAACAAAAUAUAUUUAUAAAUAUAAUAUGUUGUUAGUUUCAGAAAUAUCAUUACAAUACGAAAAAGAGCUUAUUGACCAUCAGGAAUUCAUUUUGACUUUGAGAAACAUUAAUAAAUAUAACCACGGCUUUCAAUACUUGCCUACAAUAUCAAACAAAUUUGGAACUCUUCUACUUCUAUUGACACGAGGUAAAAUAAUUAAGUAUAAGAAUUGAAAUCUUGAGAAUAUAAAACUUAUAAAAAUUUUAAAUUCAUUAAAACAAAGAAGGUUAUACUGCUAUAAGGCCACACAUUGCGGUCCGGUACCGGUAAAAUUGGUCCAAUGAUUUUAUAUGACGUUGAAUACACCAAUACGAUAUUACAGGACUAAUGGACGUGCCGAUAUUAUUUGUGCUGUAUAAUUAAAAGCCAUGCACAUGACGUUACAUUGACGCUUGCACACUGCUGCGAUAUAGUGCCGGUAUGGUCUCAAAUAUCGUAUCGAAGAACGGAAUAUACGCCGGUAUUUCUAAAACGUUGCAUGCACGAUUUUUACCGUGUACCAGACCGUUAAAAUUAAUGUAAUGUACAUCACAACUCAAAAUUCAUAUUUAAAAACUGGCGAACCUUUACAAAUCGUAUAUACCUAUCUCAUCAUUGUAUGUAGUAGGAGAAAUCAUUGAAUAUGAAAAUAAUUCUGGGCAUAGGAGAUAGAUUUUAAUAGUAGUUUAUAUUAUAUUUUAUUAUAUAUAUAUAUAUAUAUAUAUAUAUAUAUAUUAUUUGUAUAUAAUAUAUAAACGGCGUUGGGAAAGUGGCGUCUGCAUCACUCAGUGCCCUUCAUUGAGUGCUAAAAAAGCCCCACUUUGGUCUUAAGUCACUGGAGUGAUCUGGCCCUCCAGGUUGGGGGAUAAGCGUCGGGUUAACAACCCGGCCUUGUAAAAAGACCUUUGUUCAGGACUCAUACAUGAAGCAUCGGAAUAGAUUAACUAGAAAAACGACUGUAAAUAGGAAAUCGGACUUAAUCACUGUAAUAUACGGACCCUGUACAAACCAGGAGAGGUUACGGAUUUAGUUAAAGAAGUAGAGAGGUAUGAAAUGAAGUGCGUAGCAUUACAAGAAGUGAGAUGGGAUAAUACUGCAACAACUAAAAUAUUAAAAACAACAAUUUUCAGUGGUAAGUGUAAACAAAAUUAUCAACUAGGAAUCAGUUUCGCAGUGUACGAAUCUAUCAUACAUAAUAAUUUAAAGAUAUCAACCCAAGUAUAUCGACCAUAACCUUAAGAAAUGAUAAUAUAGAUGUAGUAGUAAUACAUGUACAUGCAUCAACAGAUGAAAAAGAUGAAGAAGAAUAAAAGUUAUUCUACACCAUAUUGGAAGACGUUUAUGAGUCUGUAAAGGGAAACAUCAAACUAGUGUUGGGUGACUUCAAUGUAAAGAUAGGACAAGGAUAGGACAUUAUCGGGCCAUAUUUGGAAACCAUAUGAGAGAUCCCUAACCUAAGAGAGAACCUAACCUAACCUAUCCUUAAAAUAUGACUUUUUUAAACCUAGAAAAAGCUUUCGAUAGCAUAAAUUGGAAAAGUCUUUUUAAAAUUUUGGAAGAAACAGAGAUAAAUUUUAAGGACAGACGUAUUCUCUAUAAGAUUUAUGAAGAACAAGAAACCAUUAUAAUAUUAAUGCAACAACAGUGACUGCCAGAAUCCAAAAAGGUGUGAGACAGGGGUGCCCACCUUUCACCUGCAUUGUACAAUGUAUUUAUUAAAAAAGCAAUAAACGUCAUAAAGCUUUAGUUAGAACAAAAAGAAAUUUGAGUGAAAAUAGAAGGGGUACUAAUAACAAUUCUUCGCUUUGCUAAUGAUAUAGUCGUUUUUGAACAUCUAAGGAAGACUUACAAGUAGUAUUAAAUGCAAUGAAUAUUACGUUCAAUAUAGUCUGAAAAAAAACGCAGCCAAGAAAGAACGUUAGAAAACAUAGAAAUUAUCCAAGUAGACUAUUUAAAAUACUUAGGCAGCAUUAUAACAGACGAAGGGAAAUCAACCAAGGAAAUCAAAAGCAGGAUAGGUCAAGCAAAGAAUGUAUUCUUUAAAAAGAUAAAAAUAAUAACAUCAAAAAAUAUGAACAUAGUAACGAAGAAACGGCUCAUAAAACAUACGUCUGAAGUGUGGCAUUAUACGGAAGUGAGACCUGGACAAUUAGUAAGAAAGAGAAAGAUAUGUUAGAAGCUCUGGAGAUGUAGUGUUGGAGAAAGAUGCAGAAAAUAAGCUGGACUGAUAGAAGAUCAAAUGAAGACAUCUUGAGGACAAUAGAUGAAAAAUGAACAUUGAUAGAUAGUAUAAAGAGAAGGAGAUGGCAGUUGAUAGGACACACGUUGAGGCAUGGAGAUGGAUUGCAUAAUUUAAUAAUUGAAGGAAUGAUAGAAGGAACAAGAUCAAGAGGAAGACCCAGGACGAGAUACAUUAGCCAAAUAAUGCAGGAUGCAGGAGUCACUUCCUAUAAGGAGCUCAAGAAUAUGACGAAUGAUAAAGAAAAAUGGAGAAGGCAUUUAUUGUGAAAAUUUGUUAAAAAUCAAUCUUCGGAUUAAUAAACAAAAAAAUGUUUAUGAUGCAUAAAAUCGUGACGAAAUCACGAUAACAUUCAAUAAAUCUAUAGUUUUAGUAAAAUAAACUUACAAAAUGUAUAAAUAAAUAUAUGACCAAAACUUCAAUCAUAAAAAUUUAUGUUACAGAAUUUAGAAAUUUUUUUUUCAAACACUACUACGAUUUAAUAUAAAUUUCUGUAUCUAUUUUAUUUAUACAUAUUAAAUUUUAAAGAAUGUCUACAUAGUGUAUUAAAUUUAAAAUAUAGAAUUCGAGCCUCAAGUUACAACAUUUAUGAUGUUUAUAGGUACACGCAGUGCAUACUACAUUUACGAUUGGAAAAACAUGCUUACUAAAAACAAUAGUUAAUUUAAAACUAUAAUUGUUUUAUCAUAUUAUAAUAAUUCAAUAGUUUUUAAUAUCGCAUUAUUAUAAUAUCGCAGCAGUGUGAGCUUGUACCGAAAAACGUUCCGGCACGAUAUUUUACCGUUCAGUAUCCCAUAACGAGUAUCGGGUCAGUAUACUUGCUACAACGGAAUAAUAUAUCGCACAAAUAAAAUACUGUUUACCGUACCGGUACCGGAUCGCUUACCGUUGCAAUGUGUAGGAACUGUUUUAAGAAGGAAGUUGGAAAGAUGUAUACAUAGAUCAAUUUAAUUUAUAUAUGUACGCAUAAAUAGACCAUUGUAAACGAAAAACGCUUCUGAAAUGCAUAUUAUUAGUCUUAAUAAUUAUUACUAUAAUGUCAAGUUAACCAAGAAAUCAACAAUAAUUAUACCAAAUAUGUCUAGUUUUUCCCAUUUAUUAGGAAAACUACAAGGAAGAAGAAAAUUCAAAAAUGAUUUCCUUAAUGCACCAACUAAAUAAAAAAAAAUGUUACAAGAAAGUUCCUAAAGUGUUUUUGAUUGAAGCAAAAGUGUUGGUAAAAAGUUGUUUAUAAAUACAAAAUAAAAACAUAUUACUAAAACGUUUCGCUCUAUAAUUUAUAAUUAUACCAGUAUAAAGUAGUAAAUAAUACAUAAAUUAAAAAUCCAUAAGCUAAUUUCUAAUUGGUUAGAAAUGGUUCAAAAAUAAUUAUAGAUGGUAUACAGUGUUGAGCAUUAUAUAGAUAAAGUAUCUAAAUAAAUUAUCUAGAUAGAUAAUUAAUCAUCUUUUAUCUUAUCUAAAUAAUAAACAAAUUUAGUUAUUUGAUGAAUUAUCUUAGAUAAAUAAUUGAAUUAUCUAACGUAAUUUAUCUAGAUAAAUAAAUAUAUUUACCUAUCCGAAAAAUUCGAAAAAUUGAACUUGAAAGUUAAAAACCCAUGUCUCAUUAGUAAACCAUCCUUGUACAUAUACAGAACAAAAUUAAAAACAUAAAUUAAUAGGUAAUAACAUUAUCCGGGACAUUAACCGACAAAUUUUCUAUUAAAUAUCUUGCACGAAUUUUCAAGAUUAAGAUCUGUUUUAAGAGUAAAUUUUAUCUAGUUGGAUCUAAGUAACAUUUUAAAAAUCAUUUUUUUAUUUAUAUUUUCCUUAUUAUCUAAAUAAUAUUAGAAAAACCUGAUUAAAAUGAAUAAUUUACGACAAUAAUGGUUUUGUUAUACUAGAUUUUACUUAUUUUAUUGUAAUUUCAAUUAAAAAUAAUCGUAGUAACCUAAAAUAUUCAUUACUUAUUUAUAUCAUAUUUACAUCACUUUAUUUUAGCAUUUUCUAGUUGUAAAUUUUUCAAAACUUCUUGACGACAUUUGAGUUAUUCGUAGAUAUUUGAAAAUUUUAAGAUAGUAAAACCAAAACACUUCAAAAUAAGUUUUGUACAAAUUAUAAAUUAUAUUUCAAUAAAAACAAUAUUUGAGAUCUAAAAUAUCGAAAAAAUACUUAUAUAAGCUAUAUAAAUAUUAUAUUUAUAAUACCUACAUUAUAUAGACUAACAUUCUGACGAUUCAUGAGUUACUUAAAAUAUUUUCUAUUUUUUAGUUGUUUGUUUUUAUUUGAUUUUAUGUGAAUACAAAUGUUUUAAACAAAUAAAAAUACGAAGCACAUUUAAACGAAGUUAAUCAUAAGUUGUAAUUGGUAAAAUAGUAUGUUCACGAUACUUUAAAACAGGGGAAGGCAAUAGACUGUAACGGAAUUUUUACUGAACUCUUUUUGGUUUAGGUGCAAAAAUCGUUAACUUUAUUGAGUUUAAAUAAUACAAAAUAUAGUAUAUUACAAUCAUUUUUUUUGAUUACUUACCUCUUUCUAAGUUGUCUGGGUACAGUGUAUUGAGACGCCAUUACGAGAACACAUGCAUAUCGCCGUCUCGUUACAAGGCGGCCCGCGGAAAGGAAAUAAAUGGAACGCCAAAUUCUUUUUACUUUAACGUUGAUUUUUUUUUUUGUUUUCAUAAUUCGACUUUGCGUAUAUCCAGAAUAUCCAAGCGUCCAAACGUUAUCUAUAUUUAUGAUUCAUUUUCUAUAUUUGGUGUGUUAUUAUAAAAUUAUAUAAUAUAUAUUUUAUUCCAUAAAAUAAUUAAAUAAUAUUAUAUUGAUAAUUGUGUUUUCAAUACAAAAAUAAAUAAAUUUAUUAACUUUUUAAUUUAUGCUUUUUCUAGAGGUGUUAAAUAAUACGAAAUACCGAAUAGGUAUAGAGGUUAAAAUUGUAUUUUUUUGCUGAACUAAAAAAUAUAUAAUCCUCUAAAAUGUGUUUUUAAAUUAUCCGGCCCCCCUUUCUAAACUAAUGGCCGAACCCUAAUUUAAAACAUAUUAACCUGAACUACAUUUAGCACCGUUUGUCGUAGGAUAUUAUUUAUAUUUAUUUAUGGAUAUGUAUAAAAAAAAAAGACGGAUAAACUUGGCACGUGGUUGAGGCACUGUUGUAGGUGAGAAGUUGGGAUGGUAACAGAGGGGACAUUUAAUGUAUAUCUGUAUAUAACGAUUAACCAUUGCUAACGAUAAAACGAUUCUUAGCGGAAUUCGGUUAAUAAUGUUGUUUUGUAAAAUAUCGUUUUUUUUUCGUGUUUGUUUAAAAAAACUACAAGGGUAAUCAUAAAAUAUCUUUCUUCGUCACCAAUCACAUAAAUCACCAAUACAACCUGUUACCUUUAAGUAACGAAAAACUAAUCAGAGUUUGUUCAUUUUGCCUUCAAUUCGAUUAAUAAAACAAUACCUAUAUAUGUUAUACAUUCAUAGUAUGACACACAUAAUAUUAAAAAUGGUAUAUCACAUAGGUAUUAUACUAUUAAGUAUUAAUUAUAAUUAUAUGUUCCCGUGUAGAUACCGUCAAUUUAUUGUCAUUUUUAUUUAUAUCGUCAGUCUAUUUACUAUCAGUAUUUUUUUAUUUUUAUUUUAGAUUAUGAGCGAAGCAAGAAAGAAUGUAAUGGGUAACGUGAUUGGAGGUGAUUCAUUAAAUACAAAAUAAUUGGGGAAGAGGGUAGAUUCUUUUGAAUAUAAUUCAUCGGAGCUCCGGAGCGUAAUGGUUGAUUGGAUCUUAAUAUUAUAAAUAAAUAGAGAUUGGUUUAAUUAUCAGUAGGGCCCGGAUUUAUAUGAAUUUACAUGUUUUUUUUAACAUUACAAAAAAUAGCUGGAUAAGCUAUAAUUUUGAAUUAUAGUCAAUAGAUUCGAAAUACAAAGUUUUAUUUUGCAUAUUUUAUCAUUUUUUGAUAUUUACUGCAUAUUUCUAUGUUUUACAACGUUUCAUUGUAUUAUAGUCGAAUACCUAAGUGUUUCAAACCAAUUUGUAUUACUAUUGUUCGUUGAUUUUACCCACAUAUACCUUUGGUUCGUAAGGAAUUUUUUUCUUUAUAUUAUCUUAUCACUUUUAGAUAAAAAUAAUUUGGUCGGGACUAGUUGUUGUAAUCAUUUUUGUUUAAAUAUUUUGUAUAAUAUGUUAAGUGCAUAUUUUAAUAAUAAUCAGUGUAUUAAUGUAUGCAUAUAAUUUCUUAUGAUUUUAGUGCAUAUAAUUCCGGACCCUAGUUAUUAGUUUAUAAUGUAUUAUAAUUAAAUUUCAUAAGUUUUACCUUUAGGAUGGCUGUUCACUCUUGUUGAUAGAUAAUAUAUUAUCUUCUAGCUUGGCUUGCGCCCAGAAGUGCUAAUAUAAUAUAGUAGUACACUAUAUAUUAUGAAACGGAUGUUACACGUCACUAUUGUUUUACAAUGAUAUUUUUUUUUUAUGUACAACUUUAUACCAAAAAUCUUGUUCUAAUUUUCAAACGUAACACCUUUUCUGAAAAGUUAGAUUAAUUGAGAUUUAUUUAGGUCGUACAUAAAGAGGUCGUGUUUUUGAUUUUCCAAGAGGUUUUUAGGUUUUCAUAACAAAUAGGAAAUACUGGGCAAAAAACUCAGGGAAAACAGAUAAAUUUACGAAAUGUAUUAUUUUAAAUUUUGGUUUUUCAUUGUGAUUCAAAUAAAAAUAUUUGUAGAGGCUUAAUAUUUAGACAAAAAACUUAUAUUUGCCUUUUCUAGAUGUGGUAAAAUUUUCAAAACAUUUUAGCCAUUUUUGAGCUAUUUAUAGACAUCCUAAUUUUGCUAGUUUUUUACGUAAUAUUUAUUCAGUAGGCACUCUGUAGAUAAAAUUGUUUUUACUGAACAAGUAUGCUUGAAAAUUUGAUAGGAGGUUCAUUAUUAGUCGUAAUUAGUGGUCCGAAAAAAAAAUUGAGUUAAAUAUAGUAUUUUUUUAUACAAGAGUUUUAAAAUAAAAUGUUGAUGAAAACCAUAAUCCUUAAUGAUUAUGAUUACAACAAUGAUUAAUUGUUGCAUACAGCUUUACAUUAUAUUUUUUACUGCUUUUUAAUUACUAUCUUUCCAACUUCUCACCUAUAACAAUACCCUCUCCCUCAUCGUACCAAGAAUUUCAGUCUUUUUUUUUAAUUCAUUUAUGACAUAUUUUCAGGGCUUUUAAAAAUGCCUGUUUAUUGUUACAUAAGAGAACUUCACCAAAUUUAAAAAACUUAAAAUUGUCUAUCUAUAUCUGUGAGUUUUACUGUGAUAUGUGCUAAUUUGUUUUUUUUUUCUACCAUAAAAGAUUUCAAUCAAAAAUUAAUAAAAAAAACUUUUUUUAUAACAUUUUAGAUUUAAGUGGUGCAUUGAUGAGGUUAUUUUAUGAUCUUUCUUUUAGAGUUUUACUAAUAAUUGGGAAAACCGUGAAAAAAAGGUUGAUAAAACGGGAAAAUGUAAGAUUUCAUUAUUAUUGAUUUUAUAUUGAUUAUAUUUAUGUCGAGGGAGGUUACCUCCCUCUACCACCUUCCUAAAGUGUUCGCUACCUUAGUCUCCAUCUUGAUCGACGCCUAACCUGGGCAACCCAUAUCCAAAUCAAACGUCACACCCUAAAUAAUCGUUUUCACCAGCUCCGUCCCCUUCUCACAUCUAAAUACGUUAAUCUCAAAAAUAAACUACUUAUAUACAAACUUCUGCUUAAACCGAUAUGGACUUACGGUAUAUAACUUUGGAGAACAUCUAAACCCUCCAAUACCAAUAAAAUCCAAACAUUCCAAUCAAAAUGCCUCCAUCAAAUAGUUAAAGCUCUUUUUUAUGUCUCUAAUGACACUCUCCAUAGAGAUCUUAAUAUUCCAACCAUCCAAAAUGUAGCCAAAAUAUUCUAUAAGCGCCUCCACUCCAAUCUCUCCAAUCACCGAAACCCUCUCAUAUCCGAUCUGUCAACUCGCAUAAUUCCAGGUGACCUCAGAAGGUGCCUAAAACGGAAAUAGUGUCGUGACCUCUUGGAGGACUAAACCUCAAANUUACAGAUUGUACAAUUUUAAAAAUAAAAACAAAACAAAAUAUUUAUGUCUUCAUUUGGUUAAAAUAAUCAUAGACUUCUCAAUUAUCACAGAGUAAAUUUAAAUCUAAUUUAUAUUAGAUUUUUUUCGGUGGAAUAAAAUAUUUUAAACAUUUAGGUGGUGCUUCCACCUUAUGUAGUACCGACUACAAAAAAUUACAACGUUGUAAUUAAAAUGAUGACGAAAAUCAAAAAAAAAAACGCGUUUCUUUAGCAAUUUUUUAUCGUUGAGUAUAGAUAUAAAUUAUAACAACGAUCAGGCACGUACACAAAUAAAAUUCAAAGAGUCAUUAAAAAUUAACAAUAAUCAAUAUGUCACAUAAUAAAACAACUUAAUGUUUUGUAUACAAUUUGCAACUUUCUAAUAAUUUUCAGAAGGGGUUUGAAUAAGGUGAUCAUAAAUGUUUUGGUGAAAGUGGAACAAAAAAAAAUUCAUCAUUAUUUUUAAUAUAUUCAAAACUUUUUUUUUAAUAAUCAUAAACAAACUUAUAUACCUAUUAUUAUAUUUUUACAGAACAAAAAAUUUAAUUAAUUACACUUAUUAUUCAUUAAUAAGUAACUUAUUUUUAAAAUAGACAUUUUUUUAUUCUAUUUAGUAGGUAAUUAUAAAGAUAAUUAUAUACUAGCAUAUUAUUUACAGUUGGAGCAUAUUUUCUUCAAGUCCAAUAAUCGGCGACGACGUUCAAGAAGUUUAACAACUACAAACCCGACCUUCCGUCGUGUACACAAUAAAUUGAUUUUCGUUAUUUAUUUGUUUUCCUUCUAAAAAUGAGACAUUUUUGCAUCCCGAAAAUUCCUUAGGGAACAACGUGAUAGAGGUACGAAAAACGAGGUCUCGUUCAAAGCAGGACGUAUGGUCACCUCAUCUUAGGUUUGAACCACCUCCCCUCUUUGUUAACGUACCUAAAAAUAAUAUAUUCAUUAGUAAUAUCAGCUCUUUUUUUACGCUUAUUCAUUAACUUUUUUAUUUUUAUUUGUUUAUUUUUAAAAGUAAAUAACUAUGUAUUUUGAAAACUUCCGAACUUCCUACCUAUAAUAUCAGCAUACUUGUCAGCAGUAUUAGAUCUUUUAUUAUUGAAAUUAUAAAAAAAUAACUAAUGCAAUUUAAAAAUCAAAAAUAUUAUACUAAUUGAACAUAUACAAAUUUAAGUGACUUACAAGAAACCGAAUUAUUUGUAAAUCUGUAUCCAUUCAAAUCUCCUAUCCCACUAUAAAAAAAUUAAUACUUUUGAAAAUACAAAUUUUUAAUUUUAUAAUAUGUUAAAAUAAUCAAAUAUUAUGGAAUCUAUACUUCGUUGUAAUCUUUAGUAAUUUUAAAAUAUUUUUUUUUUUUUGUUUUAGAAGAAUUAGAAAGUCUAAAUACAAAAUUCUAUGAAAAAGAAGAAUACCAAAGUUAGUUUUAUAUUUGAUUGUUAUAAUUUAUAAUUAAAAUAAUUUUUUAUAAAUAGAGUAGAUAUUGAACUAUAUAUAUAUAAUAAUAUAAUUGGUUAAAAAUAUAGCUAGUUUAAACUAAGGUGUGUUUUAUGACCUGAUGAUUAUAAUUAAUAUACAAAAUUUUAUUUUACAUAUUUUAGUGGUUUAGGAUCUUAUAAGAGUUUGUACAAUCUUAAUAAGACUAGGUACUUUAACAUAAUUUUCGAUAUUUUUGUUGCAUAUCUGCAUAAAUUCUGUGAGAUUCUGUGAGCCAUAAUGCUCUUCUUUCUGUUCUCAAAGAAACUGGUUAAGGUAAACCAUUCUCGACCUAGUCCGUGUCCUACUUAGCGAUUGAUAUCAGUGAGUCAGGUGUUCUGGUACUCAUUUAAAUUUAUUUUUAGUAUCUUCUGGUGUUCCCCGAGAGAGACAUUACUAUUUUUUUCUGUUUAUCAACAGUGUUCACAGUUCUUUACGGCAUUACCGCCUACUCUGCAAUCCGUUCGAUUGAUAACUGCAUACAAUUAUGGAUGAUUUUAUCAGGUUUCAUGAAUGGUUUAGAAAGUUAGAUUAGGCUAAAUCUCCAAGUGUAAAAUAAUGUCAUUUUUUUAUGAACCGUUCAAUUGUUUCCUUUUCUAAUAAAAUUGAUGAUAUCCAUAUUAUGCGUGAUUCUGAUAUUUCUAUGGACCUUGGUUUAUAUUCAAUACUAGACUCGAUCCUGGUCCCCAUAUUGGAUAUGUAUGUUGUAAAUCUUGGUUUUAUUAUGAGAUUGUAACGUAAUUUCCACUUUGGAAUGUCAGUUAAGUCUAUAUUCUGUUCUUUUGUGCGUCAGAUUUUUUUAAUAUAGAAUGGUGGUUUGGCUUAUACCACUGACUAUUCGUUACAGAUUAAAAUAGUUCAACGCAGGUUCUUGAGAUUCUAUAGUCAUUUUCUGAGCAUUCUUUGUAAUCAUCAUGACUACAAUCCGGUUUCUUUAGCACUCAAUUUAGCCUCUCUUGCUGAUCGAAGGCAUGCCCAGUAGGCAAGUAUUUAUUUUUUAAAGAACUAUUGAAAAACAAAUUCGACUUUUCUGCCCUAGUUGAGUUUGUCAACUUAAAGGUUUUUUCUGAAAACAACAAGAAAUACUGUUAAUUUCCUUGUUCCCCACUUUCCCACUAACUACCUACAAAAUGAGCUAGUUUGGCGACUAAUGUCUCUUGCCAAUGCAGACUCAUUUUUUAUAACUAAUAUUAAUGUGUCUAUCUUAAUGUUAUUGUAAUUAAAUCAUCUGUUAUUUUACUUUAUUAUCUAGCAUGUUAUUAUUGUCUAAGGGUUUCUGCCCGUUUAUAUAUUUAAAAUAAAAAAUAUAAUAAAAAUGGUUAUAUGAUAUCAACUCAGUGAAGUGCCACCCAUCGGCACGUAAACCGUACAAAUUUAAAAUAAUGAAAUCGUAGUACCGUAAUUUGAAGAAAAUCCCGUAUUUUGUCAUUUUGGGAUUUUUCUAAUUAUUAUGAAAAUUACUUUCUCUGUUAAUGACUAUGUGUUAAAAUAAAUAAACUCAAUCGUUUGUCAUUUUUCGAUUGGAGUUCGAUUGAAGUUAAACAUAUUAAAAUAAUGAAACCGGUACAUUACUGACUACGUUGCCGUAAAUAUUAAUCAAUUAAUUUUUUAGUUUUUCCCAAAUAUUAGAAAAAAUACUUUGGAUAUCGAAAAAAGAUUUACUUUGUGAAAGGUAAAAUAUUACAAAGAACAAAAUCGAUCUUUUAUCAUUUUUGGAUAAGAGCAAUGUUUCUGGUAAAAACAUCGUGUUGAUAUAAUAAAAACAAUGAAAACGGUAACGCCGUUAAUAUAUGACGUUAUAUCUGUAAUUUUUUUUUUUGAGUUUCUCCCAAUUAUUUCGAAAACCCUUUGAAAAAUCAAAAAAUCGACCUCUUCAAUGCACCAACGAAAGAAAAUUUCCUUUCAAAAAAGGUGGUAUAGUUCAUAAUUCAGAGCAAGUUUUCUGGUAGAAAAUCAAUUUUAAAAUGAUGUUUAUUUUCCAGGCGUAAAAUAAACAUAAUUUUAAAAGAUCGACAACAUCAUUGUAAAACCAACAACUAUAAUAUUCAAUGUUAUUGCAAUCUAAAAUCAUAAUUAUAUUGAAAACACACAAAUUAUAUUACAGAUGUCAACAAAUUAUAUAAUUAUAUAACGUACCUACAAUUAGAUUAUUUUACUUAUAUAUAAUAUUAUUUUGUACAAUAAUAAUUGUACAGAGUGGUGCAAAUAACGUUAAGUUCUAAUGCACCACACUCUUAUGUUUGAUUGCAACUCGUAAUGUAUGCAAUAUACGGAAGGUUCGUUUACUAGCAUAAGGUCCAUAGGUAUUACCUAACUUUUAUAUACCUAAUAUAUUACUCAUUUUUAUAACGUGAUAUUUGGUUCAUUUUCCAGUGGAAUAUAUAAUUUAUUAUUUAAUGAAGCGUGCUUUAGAAGAUAUAUUUCGAGGCAUAAUCCAUAUAUUAAAAGAUAUUGAAAGUAAGUAUUUAAAUUAAACCUUUUUAAAAUACUCCUAGUUAAUUGAGAUCAUUAGUAACUUAAAAAUAAUUAAAUAAUGAACCAUAUAAAUUAUGAAAUAUAUCUAUGCCAAUAUUUUUAAAAAUAUUUCAAGUGUACGCGUUAUAAUAUUCGUAGAAACUAUAAAAACCAUGUUAAAAAGUUAUCAAAUCCAGGUAUAGGACGUGUAAAUAUACAUGAGUAGAUGGGUACAAUAUAAAAUACUGUGUUAUACCUAGCUAUAAAUUAAUUAAUAAAUAUUAUGUAUCCGUAUUGUUAGGAUACGCUGUCUCACCAGCUAAAAAUAUAAUUUCAAAACAUCAACUCAUACUCAUAGGCGCUAUUAGAUCACCAACAUUAGGGGUGCUAAAAUGAUGGACACAUUAAAGAUCUAUGAAAGAUCCAUGUCCUUACAAUCCUCUUUACAAUAAGUAACUUCAUGAUUCAUUUUCAAUUUUUAUAUUUAAAUUUAUCAUAACUAUUUUAACAUUAUUUUUAAUAUACACAUACUAUAUUGUCUGAAGGAAAUUUGCAAUUUGUUCUGCCCAUUGAAUAUAAAAUAAACACGAAUAAAAUAUUUAAUCGUUACUAUGAAAAAACUUAUUGGGUAUUUUUUAGGGGGAGGCUGCUAAAGACUCCCUAGCACCCCCUCCCAUCUUCAGUUACGUCUUUGCAUAUAUCUUAUUCCUACUAAUAUAACUAAUACAAAAAUUAUAAAUUCAGGUCACCUGGUAAGAAACGUGGUUAGUCUAACAUUAAAAAAGAAGAUAAUCAUAAUUUCCUUUUUUGGUUCUGAAACGGUUUCAUGGUUUACCUAAAGGUCAACAAUUUCGAAAAGGAAAGAAUCUAACACUUUCCGCCGUCAGUAAUCAUCUGUCAUCGUUUUCACAUUAAGUCAAUAGAGCAGUAAUUUGUGAAGAUACAAGUAUUUAAGAAAGGGAACGUGUACAUGAUAAAAUAACAUUUAAUUAAUAAUUUUAAUAGAAUUUAGUUUCUUUUUUCUCUUAAUGGGCUAUAUAGGGCACCGUCACUAAUAAUAGUUUGAAUAAUACACGACACUGGAUUACUAUAGUUACCUGAAAUCUAGUUAGCGAUUGUUAAUAAUUUUUAUGUCCUUACUAGUGAUAGAAAAUUUCCAGAAAAAUUGAAAUCGAUAAAACAGGUAGAAUUGAAAAAAAAAAUUGUGUAACAACAUAUAAUAUAAUAGUAAUUCUAACUAUGAACAAACUUACCUGUCUUUUUCAAAUUUUAAACAAUAAUAACACACUUUCUGUUCUUUGAUAUUUAACAUUAAUGAAAUUGUAGUAAACGUUUGAUUAUAAUACAUACAUAAUAUUAUUAUUAUGUUAUCACAUAUCACUAUCAUCAUGGAGGUUUAUAACAUAUCUCGGAUCUCUAUAGGAGUGUUUUGGAGAAUAAUCAAAUGUAAAUAAACCUGAUUUUGGUUAUUCCUUUGGUUAUAGGUUACUAAAAUAUCAUAACCAAACGAAAUGAUCGUUAAUGAUGUUUGGUUAUUGAUAAAGUAAUGAUUAGAUACUAUCUAGCCAGUAUAUUAUUAUUAAUUAUUAUUAUUUAAAUAUAGUGAAUAAACAUAUAAAUAAAUUAUGAUUAGUAUAUUUAUUAUAUGAUCGGUUUCGAAUUAAAAAUUUAUCAUCAGGUAUAAAACAGUCAAAAUGUAAAACGUGACUGAAUAUAAAAAAGAAAGGUAAGAUAAUGGGGACGAGUGUAGCCACUAAUGUAGGUGGGAAGUUGGGCAGAUAAGAUAUAGACGAGAAUUUAAUGAAUAUCUGUAAUAAACUCUGUGAUAAACCAUUGCCUACGAAUAUAAUAUUGUCAACAAUAUAUGUCAUUUUAUAAUAAAAUAAAUAAAUAAGCUUUAUAUAUUUUCUUUAAUAAUAUUUGUUUAAUGUUGUACUGAUUUUCCCGAUUUUUCAUAUUUGCUGGGAAAACUUUUGGGAAAAUCAAAAAAAUCACUUCUCUAAAGUACUUCGCUAGUAAAAUUUCUUUUUAAAAAUACUGUUGUAAUUUAUUAUUUGGAGCAAAAUCACUGGUAAAAAAGUUGUGCACAGGAAAAAAGAAGGUCGUAAUAUGUUUUAACUAAUACCUAAAUUUCUUAUAUUCUCCCGGUUUUUUUUUCGGUUUUUUAAUUUAGAUAGGAAAACUUCUGAGAAAACUUAAACCUCGAUAUCUACGUAGAUAUCAAUAAUUUUAUAGAUGAACUUGCUAGAACAUCAAAACGAAAAAUGAAUAAACAUUAAAAAUUUAACCCUCCCCCCCCCCACAAAAGAAAAAAAAAUUCUGGAUACGCUAUUGAGCGUAAGUAUAUAUAUUUUGUUGAAAUUAUAAAUAUGUUAUUAAUAACAUAAAAUUCCGAUGACCUUUACUGUGGACAGAGAACCCAAUAAUAUUAUGUCAAUAAGAUAUACCUAUAGUCUGUUCCAGGAGAGAAAGGUCCGCUUCUGCGCAUGUUUUCCCCCUCCACAUAGCCGAUUGUCAUUUCUUCCGUCGUCGGUUUAUGACUAUACACCGCUAGGAUAUUUUGUAGAAAUUCAAUUGUUAUUAUUAUCAGACAUCGCGCAUCGCACGUUUAUUUACCUUUGCUGUUUUAUAACCUCUUGAUAAUUUUUCAAAUCGUAAACUAUCGUAUAUACAAGCACCUUCUAUAAUAAUCCAGACUUUGUUUUUUUUGUAUACAUAUUUAUUUAUUUAAUAUCUUAUUGAACACUGUAGGUAUAAUUCAGUAGGUAUGAUACAGUAGGUAUAAUANCAAUUUAUCAUUUUUGUCAUAUUGGCGAUAAACAGUGGACUAUCGACAGACAACAGUGCAUUAUUUGAAACGCAGUGUACAAAACCUGUCGAUAGAUCCGGGAGGGAAUAAAUGGAUAGUGUUGCGGCGUGGGGAUGCGCAGUAGUGCUUCGAUUUGGUCGGAGAGCGGACCGUUCUCUCCUGGGACAGACUAUAAAUACCUAUUAUUAAAAUUAGUUAUUCAUUAGUAAAAUUAAUUAUAGAGUAUAUUAUAGUUAUUUUCUAAAACGUGUUAGGGAAAUUUGAAUUAAGGGCAGUCUUUAUUAAUUUUAUUUCAAUUUGUUCUUUACAUAUUAUUUUAAUAUUUCGAUUUGCCUUACCUAUAUAAAAUUGAUUACAGUUACAUUUAAGUUUAUAUAUACCUGCAUUUUCAAAAUAAGAAGGAUUUUUUGUAAGGCUUUUAGUUCUAUUAAAUUAUUAUUAGUCCUUUAAAGCGAUAUUUACAUUAUUUGUAACAUUGUUUAGAACUUAAGCGAAUUCAGUAGAUAUAUUAUUUUGAUAUUUCAUACCACAAUAGUUAACAUAUUUUGGUGUGUUUUGAAAAACAAAAAAAAAAUAAUACACAACUCUACUAUUUUUUUUAUGACACGUUUAUGAAUUUUUUUAAUAGUAUUUAAAUUUAAUCAUUUCUAUGGGCAUUGUUAUAGAUAAUAUUAAGCUGUUAUUGAUAAUUAUGUUUAAUUAAUGGAAUACGUUCAAGCCUAUAGAAUAUUGAAUUAAACAAUGAUAUUUUUUGAGAAUAAGGGUGAUUAGAAUCAUGUGGUAUUAUAGCAUCGCUCCAGGCGACGCGUUCAUUUAUUUAUUUAUUUUUAUAUAUACAUUUUUUAUUUAUAUAUUUAUUUACUAUGUCUAUUUAUGAGUAUUAAACAUUUUAAUAAUUUUGUUUUUACUUUAUUAUUUCAAUAGUAUUUGGAAAAACCAUAAAACAUAUCAUUUUCAAGAAUCUAUAACCAUUAACAAAAUUCCAAAAACAAAGAACCAUAACUGAUAAUGAAUAUAACCAGGUUAGGUUAGGUUAGGUUCGGAAAAACACAUUUCAUAUUUCUUAUAUUUAUGUCUUCUUUAUUUAUUAUCAAUAAAAUAUAACUUUCUUCGGACCUUUUUCUCAAUUUUUCCUUUAUAAGAAAAUAUAAUCACAAAACGAUAUAUUGUAUGUAAUAAAAUUACAUAUUUUUUAUAAUUUUAAUAUUUUUUUGGAUGUUUAAUUCCUAAUCAAUUAUAGGUGUACAGAAUAAAUCAUAUUAAUUGAAAUAUAGUUUCACCGUAUGAUAUUGCAGAACCUCAUGAUUUUCAAGGAAAAACAAGAGUUAAUGUUGAGCUUUUGGUAUUACUGAAGCAUUUACAUAAUAAAGUAAUUGAUGUCACUCAAGAUAUGCAUCAAUUGUUUUUGGAGAAAUGUAAGAUAAUUAUUGUACUAUUAUUAUAAAUUACUAGUUUCAAAUACUACAAGCGUAUUAUAGAGUUUUCAAAGGGCAUCUAUGAUGCUCCACAUAUGAUUAGUGGAACAUCUAAUGCACUUGCUGUCCAAUUGGUAUUACAUACUCCAUACUUCCUUUAACACUUUCAACUCCUUUCUCCUACGACCAUAGGAGUAUUCUUAUUUCUUCCUACGGAAAGAAUAACACUGUCAACUAUAAGGUGAAUUCCUCUAGCCUACAGAAAAAUAUACAAUUCAACUACUGGAAUCAACCCCCUGGGUCAAUUAAAAUAUUAAAUUUCAUAAUAUUGUAUAAUUAUAUUCUACGAUUUUUCAGAUCAAAAGCGAUUCAGAUAUCGAGGAAUUCGUAAACCAUAUAUGGAAGAUUUUAUGAGUCUAUAUAAAAAUUACGAAGCAUAUAAACAAUUAUUUGAAAAUCAAUGGAUAUGGCUUUUCCAAUCACGUAAUAUUACGUUUUGUUUUAAAUACGUUAUUUUACAACAGGUUUUAGUAAAUACAUUAUAAAAAAAAACUGCGCUCAAAAUCGUCUUCUCGUUAGCAAUGGAUUAUCGUAGCUUACAGAUGUAUAUUAAAUUACCUAUAAUAGUAGUUGCACCUGUCUCCGUUAUAAUAGGAUAGCUUUUUUGUGUUUUCUUUCUUUCUAUCACAAAUUUUGUACAUGAAACUAUAAAAAUUAUUCAUUAUGUUUAUAAAAAAAAAAGAGCUAAUACUGGAGAUGAGAGCGGCCACUGUUUUAAAUGAGAAGUUGAGAAGGUAGGGUACAUAAGGUUAUUUCAUUUAUAUCUGUAAGAAACGAUAAACCAUUCCUUAAUGAAAGAUGAUUCCAAACGCAGUUCGGUAAUACAUUAUUUGAAGUACCGUAUUUAUUUUCGUUUAAAUUUGAUUUCAAAACGCUAUAUAUAUAUAUAUAUUUUUAUAUAAAAAAAAAAAAGUCUGAUGAUUUGGAAAAUUUGACCACGUCUAUAUAAGCCAAAUAUAAGUAUUAUUACCAUGUUUCAAGUCUCUACGUGUAUUUAUAACCGAAUUACAACAAAAAAACAUUCCAAAAAGAAAAAUUUCCUUAAAGCUCAAAAGUGACUAAAAAGUUUUGGCGAUAAUACCGUAAAAAGUAAAUCAAAAAGGCAACUAAAAAGAUGUUUUGUGUUUUUUCGAUUAAAUCAUUUUUCUGGUAGAAAACGUUGUCCGUGUUUUUAUAAAAUAAUUUUCCUACGUUUUUCCUACUUAUGUACUUUUAUUUAAAAAAAUAGCUUCGAAAAUCAAAAAAAUGACCUCUCAGCGACUAUUUGAUCAGCUCCUUGCUUCUUGAAAUAACACUCCAACUCCUUCUGUGUGUCUAUUAAAUUUGCCCCAUUAUCCGACCAAAUGUGCGAGAGUUUACCUUGUCACAACACAAAUCGUUUUAACAUUUUUGUAAAUGCUACCGUGCUUAAAGCAGUUACUAGCUAUGGAUGCACGGCUUUAGUGAAGAGGCACAUGAAUACCACCACGUAAGCUUUGGUAGUGAUAGAUUUUCGUAAACAUUGUUUGAUCUGUAGAGGAUCGGAAAAAUCUACUCCUGUUUGAGCGAACGUCCUGCAAGAGGACCCUUCUGCUUGCCUCAGGUAAAUACAUGUCCUAUAUGCGCUUUGGGACACAUCACUAAACCCGUACAGGUCGACCUCUUUGGACAGACACACUCUUACAGCUCGUGGUAAUUGUAUCUGAUGAACCACCGACAAGUCUUCCCAAAACAGCUUCCAUCGCCUGAUGGAAUGGAGCCAUAGGAAUGGCCAGAUAAGUUAUCGUCCUAUCCCAACUUCACUUGCGAUAACUCUUGCAGGAAAAUCUUUCUCCUUAUAAGUGUGGGUCCUAAGAAGCCCAAUGGAUCAAAUACACUAUUUAAACAGAUCCUUUUUCACUUUAGCUUGUGUGUCAGCUCGAAAAUGCACCUCCGUUAUCAGCCUUUUACUUUCAUAUCUAUCCUUUAAAAUGUCCUUGGCUAGAGCAUAUGUUGCAUCAUUAAUCUCCAACGAGUCCACAAUGUCUAUUAAUACGCCUUUUAGACAUGAUCUAAGAUAGUGGAACUUUUUAAUGACUGUCAAGCUCUCGUCCAUCUCAACGUGGCAGACAAAUGUGCUAAGAAACCAAGGCCAUCGUCAAAACAUUCCAAAGGCAGUGGGAAUAAUAGCAAACGAGUGCACGGAAUGAUCCCCCCACCUCUGGCUAUCGUUUGUUCUAGAUUAUGGACUGAGGAAAAUUCUCCGAAACUGUUGGCUAUGCUGAUUGCUUGUUGUGUUAUGAGUCCCUUGAAUGAUCCUAUUAAGCUUGCCCGACACUUUGUAGUAACGUCCUUCAAACUCCUCCUUCGCAGCUAGAUGAGCUGUAUCGUUGUCUUCAUUCAGCUCUUCUAUACGUGACUGAUUAUACUUGAAUCGGUUUAAUAAAGACGGCACCAAAUUCAAUCUAGACAGUGCUUCAGCACUAGAAUUAGGCGAAUCAAUACAUUUUUCCACGAACGUACUUUAUCUGAUGAGUGAAGCUUUGACUUAUCCUCUCUGUUUAGUAAGGGUUGCAAUCAGCUUACCAUUUGACUAUCUCUCUUCCCUUAGUCUCUUCAUGGCAUCUUUGAUGCGAGAUACUUUGUGUAAAUUUUAACUAAUUAAUUAAAUUUGUUAUAUUUUGUUAUCAUUUAAACGAAUAUUUUCUUGUUGCACUGACCAUUCAAAUCCAUAAUUAAUAUACAAUCCAUUUGAUUUAGUUAGGUGCCAAGACAAAUGAACACAUUUUUUGUUCGACCCCGCCCGUACAUUUGGUCCUUCGGGUUGGAUCUGAACCAACAUCCUAUAGAUACAGGCCUAUGGAACUUGUUUAAAACAAGGUCUAAAUAAAAAAUUGAAAAAUUAGAUUGGUGCUAUUAAAUUUUACUCAAACGAUUUUCAUCAAAAUUUAAUAUUGAAAUUCCUUUAUGAAAAAAAAAAAAAUACUACAUUAAGCUUAAAUUUUUAUUUUUGAUCCAUAGUACGAGGUUUAAUGAACCUGUUAAAUUGUCAAGCAUUUCUUUUAGAUCUAACAAUUUUGCAACAGAGUAGUUACCUACUGAAUAAAAAUUACUUACUAAACUCGCAAAAUUAAAAUGUCUAUAAUUAGCUCAUAAAUAGCUUAAUUUUUUUUUUAAUUUUACCACGUUUAGAAAAAUUAAAUAUAAGUUUUAUGUUCAAAUUUUAAGUCCAUAAAGUAGAUAGGAAUAUUUUUAACUGAAUUUCAACAAAAAUAUUAAAAUGAUUAUAAAAAGCUUAAAAAUGGCUUAAAUGUUUUGAAAAUAUUAACGUGUCUAGAAAAAGUAAGUAUACAUUUUUUUCUAAAUUUCGGGAAGGUUCCUUGCCUCAGGAACUUAUUGAAGACUUCCAGUAUCACUUCGGGCUUCUGCUAGGUACGCUUUUCAUAAUUUCGGAGAAGAGGCCCUCUAGUCCGAGAACUUUGUUGCUUUUCAUGGUGAUUACUGCUUCGGUGAGUUCUUCCUUGUUGAAUUCUUCUGUCUUCUACGAUUUCCCUGUGUCCUCGGGGUUGUGGUGCAGAAAUAUUCCCACUACAAUGCUCUCUAUCAUCCCUGGUGUUUUGAUUUCCGGUAUUCCUGCGUUCUUGAACAGCUUUUCCAUGACCAAUCUGUAAGACAGGCCUCAAGGGUCUCGCUCUACCUGCUCGCAUAGCUCCUUUAUCGUUUUUUUGAUCUUUUGAUCCCUCAAACUAAGUGUCGUUUGGAAACUCUUGCCGCGUUUUUCUCUUUGACGCACUCCUCUAAACCGUGUCUUUUUUUAUUAUGCUGGUAAUUUCUUCUUAGGUGAUUUCUAAUUUUCCUUAGUUCUGAAAUCUCUUUCGUCUACCUGUGUACGGUCUUCCUGCAGUUGCCCGUGCGUUUCUUCAUUGAUCUGUCGCAUAUCUUUUUGAGUUCGGUAGCUAUUUCUUUUACACAGUCUUUGGCAUUUUCUACACUGGGAAGUAGUGUCCUUAUACUAUCUACCAUUUCUACCUUCUCAUCCGCACCUUCGACAACAUUUCUCUCGGUUAUGGACGGCGCACAUUUUACAUUCGUGCUCAAAUGCGAGAAACUUAAAACAUAUCUCCUUCUUUUCUCUCGGCUGAAUCCUACAGCUGACUACGUCGAUCUUGACAAAACUCCUCUCCGAGAUGAUUUCAACUAUGUGUUCAAUACAUAUAGUAUACUAGUGUACUUUCUGUUUAAUAACCUGACCAAACCUAAAAAGACAAAUGUUUAACCUAAUAAUAUAAGUUAUUUAUUAAUGUGAAAUACCAUUUUUCUAAUCAUUUUUUAAAAAAAUAAAAUAACUUAUCGUAAAAUAAACAAUUUGAAUCAAGUUUUAUUUUUUUACAUUUCAAAAAUGUAUAAAACAAAAAUAUAAUAAUUUAAAUAUUUUAAAUAUUUUUAACUUUUUUUUAAAACUAAUUUAAUGAACAUCAAAUAUUUUAAAUACUCAAAAUAAAUCAAGUUUUCAAUCAUUGAAAUAUAAAUAUGGAGAGUUAAAAUAUGACGACAAUCUGCCAAAAAAAUUGUAAUAAUUAGGUCUACCUACCGAAAAAAUUAUAACCAAGAAUUUAAUUUUCGAUUUUUUUGUUUAAAGUCAGGCACGUUUCCGAAUUCGACCAAUUUUACAAUAAAUUAUUUCAAAUGAGUGUAGACGAAAAAUUAUCAUAUGAAAAUUUAAAGCAAAUAAUUGUAGGUAAGUAUCUACCCUAUAGUUAUUACCCUACCUAUAGUUAUUCUUAUUUUAAAUAAUAAUAUAAUUUAUAGUCUAGCCAUAAAAAGCUGUUUAUUUCUAUGAAUUACACCAAAUUGAUAUUUUUUUAAUGAUUGAAAUUUAAUUGCAGUGGUAGAUGCUUUCUGAUACAAAAGUGGAUAAAAUCUAAUUUUUUUUUUUAUUUAUAGCAAUACUAAACAACAAAUUCGUAAUAAUACUAUUGUGUACUAUCUAUCAACAUUUAUUUAUUUUUUUACUUUAUUUUAAUAUCACAAUCUUUUCUUUAUUAUUGUGAUUCCAUAAUUAAUUACUUUUAUAAAUAUUAAAAUACUUUCUAUUGUAUCAAUUAUAAUUAUAUAUUUACACAAUAGAGUACACCAAAAAAAAAGUUUUCAGUUUUAGAGCAGUGAUUAUAAGUAAAUAACGAAAUUUGUAUGUAUUUUAUUUUUAUUUUUUAACGCUUAAAACUAUAACUAAUUAAAAAUGUCAUGAAGCAAAAUGAUCAGAAUGUAAUGAGGAACAAAUAUAGUACUAUUAGCUGAUGAGAAUAAAAUCAAAAUUGUCAAAGUUAUUAGCCAUGAAAUGCAAAUGUUACAUAAUAUUGGUAAAUCAUCAGCUACCCUUGAAAAAUGUUUUUGUUUUUCAAUAAGAUUACAAUAUAAUCUUAAUUAAAUUUACCAAAAAACUAAUAAUGCAUAAAUACAAAAAUAAAAGUAAAAUAGACAAUAGAAAAAGAAAACAGAAUUUUUUUAUUUUCAUUUCUCAUUAACCUAAAGAUCGAAAAAUCUUUGUUUUAUUAAACAUUUAUUCGCUUGCGGUAUUUCCCUGCGGUGUAUUUUUGAACCUGGAGUAAAUAUCGUUUUUGUUCUUCUUGUUUAGUCAGAUCAGGGUUAAAAUCUCAAAUCAGUUUUGCCAAAUUGCCAUUGAAUUAGCUUAAAACCAAUUUUAAUUAGCUAUAGUUUAAAGCAUUAAAAAAAAAAAAAUACAUACAAAUUGCGUUAUUUAUCUAAAAUCGCUGCUCGUAAACAGGAAAAUUAUUUAUUUUUUUUACCUCAAAAUUAGAUUCAAUAGUAUAUGUCAUACUUGUAGAAAUUAAAUAUAAACAUACGUCAGCGAAAAAAAAAAUGUUUUUUUUUUUUGGUUCACUUUACUACAUAUAUUUAUUUUUGUUGUAUAUUUGUAAAAAAAAUAUACUAAAACGUCUAAAACAAUAUUAUAUUUUUCAGAACCAACAAUGAAUUUUGAAAAGUUUUUCGGCGGUAAAUAUAUAACAUAAUUUCUAAUGAUUUAUUUUACUUUUUAUUCAGAAUUUACUUUUUGUUUUUAUAUCUUUAAUUCCGAUUUCCACGCGAUUAUUUUGCAUAAUUUAAAUCAGGGACUCACACAGUACCGAAAAUAACCGGUUUUGGAAUCAGAACCUUUUGAAUAUCGGGAGCCAGAACCUCACCGAAACCUUAAUUCAAAUUCAUUUAAAUCCAGAACCUCACAGGAAUCCUUUUUAUAUUUAUUUAAAAACCGGAAAUUAACCGCAAUCCAUACUUUUUUGCAAAGAUUUUUUACAAUUAAUUUCGGUUUUGUUAUAAUUUCAUUAAUUUUAUUUAUAUCUGUCAUUCGUAAAUGAUAAGUAAUAAGAAAUAAACAAAUAUAUAAAUCUAUUAUUAUUAUUAGGAGGAUUAAUAUUAUUCAAAACUAAUCAUUCAAUAUAUUUUGUACAUAACAACUGAAUACUGAUAAUGUAAUAGGAACUCCCAAAUAAAAAUAAAAGUCAUUAUUUACUGCAUUUUAUAUAUCCAUGAAUCUAAAGUUCUAUCUAAGUUGGAUCUAGUUACCACAAUAAAAAACAGUACAAUUAUAAAAAUAUAGUUAAUGUUUAUAAAUAACUAGGCAUGUUAUGAUUGUAUGUGUUAUAAUACUAUCGUUAUCUAACAAUAUCUAACGUACUGUAUGCAAUAGAAAAUUAGUAUUGACCCACCUAAAUUGAUGCCAACAAAACGUAAUCGAAAUUUCUUACAUAAGUAUAAAACCAAAAUAGAAAACAGUUUUCAUUUUUUAAAAACCGAAAAGAAUUCGACACCGAAAUUUUAGUUUUUUCAGAACCGGCAUCAAAGCCGGAACCCCCUUUAAUUUUUACUAGGAACCGGACUGGAACCAGAACCGCAAUAUAGAUCAAGGUUCCAGUCCCUAGUUUAAAUAUAUUAUUUUAUAAUAGCUUAUAAUUCAAAAGAAUUAUAAAUUCUCGGUUAGGUUAAGUUAAGGUUAGGUUAACUUAACCUAACCUAACCUUCCAUGUUUUACGCUUAUACAACUAUAUGUCGCGUGUCCACGCGUCAGAAAGCUAUAAUUUUUUGUAUGUUUACGCAACGCAAAAUAAAACAAAUCUAUUGUUUAUCAGAAAGCUUGACAUAAAGAAACUCUAUUUUUAAAAUAAAUUGAAUAAACUUGAAGUGAAAGAAAGUUUCAAAUUAUUUUUUAAAAAUCAUAUAAAAUAUUAUUAUUUUAAUAAAGUAUUAUUUAUUUCAAUGAAUUAAAAUUCGAAGGUUGAUUAAAAUUGAUUAUAGCUAAUUAAAAGUUAAAAACAAAAAAAAAUUACUCAAAUCGGUCAAGCUGUUUUUGAGUUUUAAUGGAACUAACGAACGGCAAUUCAUAGCAUUAGCAAAGCGUUGCCGGGUCAGCUAGUAGUAUAUACGAAUAAAUAAGUUGUGCAUUUUAGUACAUUACAUUCAUUGUUGUAUGCAAUCGUAAUGUUUUUAAUGGUUAAAAAAUCGUACGCAGUCGUACAAACGUACGCAAUAGAACUACUAAAAAGGACAAACGUACGCAAUCGUCUAUCACCAAGCAAUAUCAGCUCUUCUUAUUGUAUUUUAAUGUAUUACACGCUUUAAUAUGAUAUAAUAUAUAAUUUUUUUUUUUAUUAUUAUUAUAAAUAAGACAUUUAUAAAUAUUUUUGUAAGCAUUAAACGAGUUAAAUUUUCAGUAGUAUUGCAUACAAAUAAUAUUUAACAUUGGGAUCAUACAUAUAGUAUUUUGAAGUUUUGGGUAUUAAAUAUUAAUAUAAUAUAUCAGCUAUUUACAGUGCUCAGAAUAAAUAAUGAAUAGUUCAUCUAGAUUAGAUACAGAUAGUUGCUUAACAAUUUAUCUAAAUACAGAUAAAGAUAAAUACAUUUUAAAUUUAUCUAGAUUAGAUAAAGAUUAUCUUACUUUUAUCUAGAUAAUAUGAUAGAUAAAACUAAUGUUUAUUAUAUUUUAUAAUAUUUUUCAAUUUAUAGCUUACAUGAAUUAUUAUUAUUGUCAAUCAUUGAUUAUAAUAAGGUACAAGUAUUUAUAAUCAAUGAUAUCAUGAAUACAAUUAUGGUAAUAUUAUAAUAUUAUUCUUUUGGCUACUGAUUUUUUGUAACAACUAAUAAUGUGUGGCAAAUGAUCACGCGCAUCCUUAUCUUCAUAAAUGCGGCGAUUAAUCGUACAAAAUAAAAUACAUUUAAAUUCGGGCUUCGCCGAUUAAUUACCUGGUAUGUAAACUACUUAAAUGUUUUUACUAUGUGACAAUUUCUAGUCAAAACUUAAGACUGGUUUAUACCCUUAACUUUGAAUAAUGAAUAUAAUAUCUAUACAUUUUAUAUCUAUUAUCUAGUAUAUACAAAUAUUAAUGUUGUCAAAAAUCUUCAAGUCAAAGAAUCAUAUAAUAACGUUUUAAAGAAUCAACUUUAUAAAAUUUGCUAUUAGAACAUGGGAAUUUGGUAAUAUUAUGAAUAUAUUUACUAAUUGGUUAGUAUUCUGAUAGGAAAAUUAUCGUUAAAAAUAAUGAAUAUAAUUUAAAUACAAUUUAUCUAGAUAAGUGAAUGUGUCAUCUAAGAUAUCCAAUAGAUAAAUGGACCAAUAGUUAUCUAGCUAAGAUAUUAGAUGAUUUUUAAUCAAAAUAAGUCUCAACACUGGCUAUUUAGAGUAUUAGGCAUUAGCUAAUAUUGCUAUUAUAAUAAAUAUUUAUACUGUAAUACAACAAUAAUAGUAAAACCUUAACAAUAGCAGUACAGAGUAGGAUGAGUAACAGGGGUGUUUACAAGGGAGGGAAGGGCAAUAGGAGUGAUCACCCCCUGGGCAUUUUUGAAUUUAUUUCAUGUAUAGGUACUUACUUCUUUUAUUAUUAAUACAAAAUUUAAAAAAAAAGUUAAUUUUCUAAAGAUCUAUUUUUAGUUUGUAAUACUACUGUUUAUCAAAAUAUACUUUUAUAACUUAUAAUUGAUAAUUUUGAUUAAAUUCACCCCCCUCCCUGUAAGAUAAGCUGAAUAUGCCCCUGAUAAGUAAGUACUCUUGACUAUAGUCAAUUAAAAAAAAAAAAAAACAAAUACAAACAGUAACCAUGAUAUCCGCUAUAGUUUGAUAGUUUAAAAUUAAAAAAUUGUGCAGAUUUACAUUAAGUAACUCUAUGUUUCCUACGUUUCCAACUUCCCACCUACAACAGUGGCACACCUGUCAGCAAGAUUAGGUCUAUUUUUAGUGUUAUUAUGAUACAAUUAAUAAAAAAAUAUUACAUUUUCAAAUCUUUCUUUGUUAUUUUAAUAUAUAUAUAUAUAUACGUUUUAGGUGUAUUGAUUAAGAAUAGAAGAGUCCAGCCAUCGGUGAUUGGAUGUAAGUGUUAUAUUGUUAUAUUAAUGAUUAGGACUGGGAUUUGUACAUAAAUACAAAUUAUUACUAAAGCUAGGACUUGAAAUCGAUUUUAAAUUGAUUUUAAAUACCGGUUAAAACCGUAAAAAUCUGAUUUCCAAAAGUGAAUUCAAAAUCGCCAAAAAUAAAACCGAUUUCUGGAACUGAAAUCAAAAUUGAAAAAAAAAUAAAACGAUUUCCAAAAUGAAAAAAAAGGAAGGGAAUUGCCUUUCCAGAAUAGUACAUCAACAAAAUAGUCGGUUUGCUAGUCAAUGGAAAUGUGUUAUCAAAAUGAUGUGGUGUUAUCAACAUUUAGCCAUAACGUUUUUUUCCGUUUUACACUUUUAAAUGUUCAUUAAAUUGAAUGCCAAUAUUAUAUUUAUUUAAUAUUUACAUUAUAAUCCAAUUUAAUGUACCUAAUAUAAUAAAUUUAUAUAUUAUCAAGUUAACAUCUAUUAUCAAAUAAUUGUUAAGAUCACGUGAUAGAGCAUUUUGCGUUUUAAUAUAAAUCGAUUAUAAAUCGGGUGUUUCAUCUGAUUGAUAAUCGAGAUUAUCGAGUGUAUAUGUGUAUAUACUCUAUUCACCGUAAGUUGACCCUCGCUCGACGAAAACUCCUCGAAAAAACCCCCUGAAAAAAAACCCCUUCUGUAUACACGGUCACGACAGCAGCCUGCUGCCAACUAUGAUAAGCAACGUCGAUCUCCAAACACCGCCAAUCAAUCAUAGACUACGGCGGCUCAAUAUACAUAUGCGGAAGCGGAUUAACUUACGAUAAAUAGAGUAUAGCACUCAACAAGAAGUGGACUGGUACGUUGAUCAGAUCCUGUGAGUGCUAUCGUGCAGUGGUAUGUGUAUGUGUGUAUACGUGUGUAUACGUGUGUAUGUGUGUGACUAAAGGUAAUAACAAAAAUGGUAACAGGGUUGGUAAUAAAUAUUACUGUAUUAUUGCUGAAUGAUUAUAGCCCCUCUAGCUCAACAGAUAAUAAAUAAUAUAACAUAAUUUAUCUGUAUUGCAAGUAAAAAUGUAUAAAAAUAACAAAAAAAAGCAACGGUAUAAUUUACACAACACAAAAAUAUGCAAUAUAGAUAGGUACUCACGAAUUAUCAAAUGAUAGUGGAGCAUAGCUGGCUAGUCUGGUCCCUAUCCUAAAAAAAUGAUACAAAAAUAUAAUGUAAAACAAUAUAAUAAUUAAGUGGUGAUUAACGGCCAAGAUUGAAUACAAACGGUUAAAGGGUAAUGAUUUGCCCUCACAAUUGAUUAUUAAACCAGCGAUUAGUGCAAGUAAUAUAUAAUAACAAAUUUGCAAAACGAUUCACGCCCGCACAAUACGACCUUAAAAAAUAUUGGUAAUUCGUGUCUCGACCUACAGUAAGUAUACAACAAGAAUGAUAAUAAUAAAAUUGAACAAAAUAAAAAUUCACGAUAGCAAUUAUUGAAUUAAUCUAAAUAUUAUGUGUGUUAUGUAAUGCGUGAGUGACCGUCCGGAGCCUCUCAUUAAUUGUUAAACACUAUUUUAUUAGCUGGCCUAAUUAAGCAAUUAAUUAGCGGGAUUAGCGCAAGGAAUGUAGAUGCGUGGUUAUAAUAUUAUGCCUGUAAAUUGGCGCCAACAUUAUUUAAUCAAUAGUUUAUCAAAAGUUUUAAAUUAACAAUAAAAUAUAUUAUAUUUUAAUUAAAAAUAAUACAUAAAUCUAUAUAUGUAUAAAAAAGUAAUCCCUUUUUCCCUUGGUCAUCGCAUCACCUAAGAACGGUUCCACCGAUUUUAACGAAGUAUUUUGCAAAAUGUUCCGCAUUAUCCGGAAAAGGUUUAUAGCUAUUUAAAGUCACCUCCUAUUGAAUACUAUCCCCUAAACGUCAAGUUAUAGGUAAUUUUAGUUCAGAAAUUUAAUUAUAUUUGUUGAAUUAUGGGCUUCGAUGGUAACAUGGAUGACAAAAAAAUAAAAUCCGUGUACUAUCUAUGGAAAAAUUAAUUUAUUCAUUUUUUAGUACACAGUCUAUUAUUUCUGAACAUUUAUCCAGUUUUGAGUUUAUUGAGUGAAUUUUAAAGAACUGUCUGAUAACCGCAAUUUGGUUUUUCAAAAUGCCACCAAUUAAUUGUACCAACAUAGGUCACAGAGGUUACCGUUUGAGAGGAAUAUAUAAUGGUGAUGAAAUAACAGUAGUGCUAAAUGAUAAAAUAUUUUUAUUUAUUGUAUAGUUGCUAUUGAUUACAGGUAAAAAUAAUAAUAGUAUAUUGGUUACUAUUUGUUAAUUGGGCGUGUUUGUUGAUUUGUAUUAUUUUUUUUCAAUAAUAUAUUUAGUAAAAAUUGUCUAAGAUUUGAACUCGAUACCAUUGCACUGAUAUUAUAAACGUUGUCUUUAUAAACUCUAUGGACAAAAAUUUAAAAGGUUAGUCUAAACGUAUCUAUGGUAAUUAAUAACACACAAGAUUACUAAUAAAAUCUUUAAAAACUGUUUGCUUGAGUGUAUGAUUCUUACUAGCUGUGAAGCUGGAAAAAUGGUCUUAUCAAUGAUAUCAACCAAUCUACCAUUCCAGUUUAAAUAGCGCCAAUUUCCCGCGAAACUAUAUUUUUCAAUGACCACCAAUAAGGCACAAGGUUAAAUGUUGUUGGUUUAGAGUUUAGACCUAAUCAUCCAAUAUUUUUCCCAUGAUAAAUGUACGUGGCUCUGUUACGUGUCACAUGCAAACAAAGUUUGCUGGCCCCAGAAGGUGAGACGCUUAACGUGGUGUGUACAGAAAUAUUUAAUGCUCAAGGCAAACAGAUAUUUAAAAUGUAUAAACAUAGGCCACAACAGAAUACUUUUAGUCCGCUGAAGGUGGACUACCCACUUUCCACCUACCUAUUUGUUUUUAUUCGUAACUGAUAUGGUCAAAACCAAAAAAGAAUAUGGGUAACACAAAUACUAAAAAAUUGGCACGAGCAACGACAGGCGGGACAGUUAGUAUAUAAAUAAAAAAUAAUAAAUAAAAGAAUGAAUGCGUCGCCUGCAGUAUUAUGAUAAGUAUGUUAUACGACCUGUUCGAAUUAAAAAUUCAUCAUCAGGUAUAUCACAGUCAAAAUGUAAAAAGUGACUCAUUUAGUCGUAUAUCAUAUUACCCACUUAUCAUAAUACUCCAGGCGGCGCAGUCAUUCUUUUAUUUAUUAUUUUUAAUUUUUAUGUAUACGUGUUUUAUUUAUAUAUUUAUUUAUGAGUAAUAGCCAUUUUAAUAAAUUUGUUUUUACUUUAUUAUUUUAUUAUAUAUUCUAAUUGUAUUUGUGUUGUAAACAAUUUGUUGGCCCUCUACCUCCAGAUAUUUACUAUGGAACUGUGCCUGAUCGUGGUAACAUCCAAUCGUGGUUGCCAAUUAUUUUAAUAGGAAGGUCGUAAGAAUGGAAGUGGGAAAUUAAUGUAACUUGUCGAUUAUUUGACUAUUCGUGUAAAUUCGUGAAAUAUACGACUCACUGGAACUCGACUUAAUGAACAGUUAAUACCAAAAAACGAAAAUAAUUAAAAUAAUUCCCUUAAGCAAAAUAAAAAAGCAAACUCUGAUACAGGGGACGGGUGCAGACACUAAACUCAUCCUAAGUAGCUAAAAGAAAAUCAGACCAAAUUGUUACGCAUAUCUCGUUUUGUAAACUCUGUAAAUAUUUGUUAUAAUUUUUUGACAUUUAAUGAUUUAACCGAUGGUAAAACACGACAAAGAGAUCCUGUAUGGUGAAACUCUUAAUCGAAAUCCAGUCAGAUACAGGGAAAACGAAAAAAGUCUAAAUCAAAAUACAGUUAUCGAAAGAUACCGUAUGUGGUUUUAUACCAGAAAACCUUUCAAAACUUUUUAUCUAUGAGUAUAUCGUUUGCCUUUUAUUUUAGCGUUUCAACUUUAAGGACUAAAAACGAUUUCCGUAACAUAUUUUAGACUCGAAUACAUUUCCAAUCAAUUUCAAUCAAUUUUUACUGCGUUUUCUGUUUAAACCAUGUAAAUUCCGCACACGUUUCCCGAAAAACCAUAAGAGACAAAACUUUUCGACAAGGGACGAAAUAGGCUUUGAAUAAGCCACUAAAUGAGUCCUGGAAAACAGCAUUUGGAAAAGUGCAAUAUUCAAUGACUUAAGAUUUUGAAUAUUAAAUCCUCGGAUAUUACAUUUUUCUGGCCAAUAAUUGUUAGGACUUGUUCAGUGGCCUAUUCUAAGACUUUCUACUCUUGGCGAAAAGAGCUAUCUUUUAAGGUUUUUCGGGAAAUGAGUACAGAAAAUACGCGAUUACAGCAGUAAAAUUUGUUUGUAUUUUCGAGGGGGAUGCGUUAAUUUGAUUUUUUGGACCACAGAUAUGAAUGGAUUUUGUAGUAAUAAAAGAACGGUCAAAAAAUGUUUUUAAAUAUCAAUAUUGUUUUAUAAUAUCAUGAUUGAUUGCUAAUAAUAAUAAAUAACUCAAUUCGUAUUGUGUUUAUGAAGCAAAUAUUCGUAUUCAAGUUAUUAUAUGCUUCAGUACAAAAAAUGAUACAUAAUAUAAUUAAAUAAAAAUAUAUACUUUACAUUCUGUUUCAUAACAGUUGCUUAGUCGUAUAUCUACCAAAAAUAUCUUUGAGGAAUUAUAUUUUAUUUAUUUAUUUUAUAGAAUUGUAAGAAAACCCUAUGAAUUUGGGGACCUUAUGCUCGUGCAUCGCAUUUACAUAUGUAAAUCAGGGCUGUCUGAGCACCGCAAUCAAAAAAUAAUAAAUGAUUAUACUAUUCGGAUAUAUUUAGAGUAGCUAUUUGUAUAGUUCUUAUAUACCAUUUUAAAGUCAUAAAUGAUUUUUAAGUUUUUAUUUAUCGUUUAUAGAUACUGUGGCAUCAAACGAUUCGUGGAAGGAUCCUGUUCAUCAUGAAACUAAUACAAACCAAUGGAAAGUGAUGCUACUCGAAUUUAAUAUGUGGUUGUCCAUAUUAAACGAAAAUUGUCAUUCCUUCAUAGAAGUAUUAUUAUCUUAUCGUAUGUAUUAGUUAUCUGUAAUAUAAUCAUUUAUGUUAGGUAUCACAUAUUGCAUUAUAUAUUUCAGCAAAAAAAAAAAAAAAAUCAGUUUUUAGAAAUAAGUUAUUUUAGAUUUAAAGAAGAAAGAGCAAAGAAGCUUUUGGAUUUACUAAAAUUUGUAUUUAUGUUUUUUUUUAUCUAUGCGCAACAUUUCUAACAUAAGACUUGAUCAGAUUUUUAAUUGUAACUUUAAAAGUACUUUCCCUGACAAAUUUUUGUUCGGAAAAAGUGUUAUCAUUUUAAAUUGGAGUGAAAUUGCUGGUAGAAAAGCUGUAAAAAAAGGCCAUAUGAUUUUUUUACUAAUAACUACAUUUUGCACAUAUUCCGUUUUUCCGAUAUUUUAUGUUGGUUUUUCCCAAAUAUUAUGAAAACCCCUUGAAAAACCAAAAAACGACCUCUCUAAAUUACCAUAGAAAUAAAAUUUCCUUUCAGAAAAUAAGCUACAAUUGAUACAUCGGAGCAAGAUUUCUGGUUAGAAAAGUUUGAAAGCUUAAAAAUUACCACAAUAUUAUAAAAAUUGUAUCAUACCUAGAAAGUGCCAAUAUAAUUAUUUGGUGAAAUUUUCAAAUCUACGAUUAUUUCUCCGAUUAUUAUUACCGAAAUAUAUGUAAAGAACCAAAUAAAAAAAUAAGUAUUAAGAAAAUAACAGGGAAAAGCAAAAUGUUCAAACAAAAAUCUCUUCUAAAGUUGACGAUUAGAACAAGAUUUCUAGUAGAAAAAUUAUUUACUGAUAGAAUAAAAAAUAGGUACAUAUACGAGAAUAUUAAAACUAAUAGAUACAUACUAUCUCACUUCAUUCAAAAUCUUAACUAAUACGAUUAAACUUAAUAGAAAUAAUAUUGAUAUAAUAAUAUAUUAUCCGACACAAAAUUGAUUUUAAAAAGACAGAUAAACUUUACACAUUGGUGGACCAUUAUUGUAGGUGAUAAAUUGGAAAGAUAGUAGAGGAGAAAUUUAAUAUAUAUCUGUAUGCUAUUACCUUGCUAACGAAAAAGUGAUUCUGAGCGGAGUUCGGUUAAUAGUGUUUCUUUGUAAUAUUUACAAAUUAGGCCAUAAUAUUUAUGAAUUUCUUAUAAUUUGAUAUUAAAAUUCUUAUAAAGAAAAAGGUAUACUAUACUAAGCUAAAUUUUAGAUUCUGAGUGGAACAAAGAAGCUUAUGGUUUUACAAAGAUGAAUAUAUAUGUAUAUUUGUAAUUAAAAUUAAUAUUAAUUACUCAGUAAGUGGGUAAUUGAUUAAACAACUUUUUAAAAUCCAUUAAAUUUAAAGCACUUAAAAAGAAAAUGUAAUAAACUUGGUAUUUAUAUUUUUAAGGGUUUUAAAUGCAAUUUAAUAUGUUUUUAUAGAGAAUCUUUCGGUCAAUUACUCAUUUAAAGAAAACACACGUAAUAUGUCUAAUCUUAGACCACUUAAAUGCAUAAAUCCACAAAAUGAAGCAUUCAUAGCUGAUAAAGUAAUAAUAUUAUAAAUCAAUGUUCAAUUGCCGUAUUUAAAAAAUAAAUACCUAAUAUGUUUCUUUAAAUUAUUUUAGUUGUUUUUGAGAGACAGAAAAGAAUUAACGCCCAUAAAAAACAUUAACAUGGAUCAACAACAACCGACAAAAAAGCAUGACAAAACGGACAGAAAAAUAUUAACGCCCAUAAAAAGCAUUAACAUGGAUCAAAAACAACCGACAAAAAAGGAUAGCAUGGACAGAAAAUUAACGCCCAUACAAAACAUUAACAUGAAUCAAAAAGAUACAACAAAAGAGGAUAAAAUGAGGGAGGAAUUAUUUAGUUAUUAGAAAACCUUAAUUUAUUAUUCGAUUAUUAUUUAUGUAGGUCCUUAUUAAAAUAAUAGUUUUUUUUUUUUUUUUUUUUUUUAAAUAAUAUUUUGCGAAAUCAUAAUAUUUAGCUAAAAUAAUAAAUUAUUAUCACGCGGCAUUAAUAUACGUAUCAAAAAUCUGUCAUGUGUAAUCCAUUUGGAAUUGAUGGGCUCAGUGCAAAAAAGGCUUUUCACGGAAAUGCGCUUUUUGCUUAAAUAUUUUUUUGAACAUAUACUAUAUGUGAAUACAGUUUUUAUUCGAAAUUUUAAUAAUAGAGCACUGUAGAAGCGUUUAUGUGAUUGUAUAUAAAUGCCUUUCUUCCAUAGAACAACAUACUAUGUACAUUAUUUAUACAUAAUAUCGUUUUAUUAUUCAAUGAUUUAAAAAUAAUAUUAUGGUAGAUAACCUUGUUUUUUUCGUUGUAGAUUAAUAGGUUUGAUAAAAACUGUUUCUAAAUAAAACUAAGCAUUAAGAUAAUAUUUAAAAUUAAAAGUAAUAAAACAUACAAUGUAUAUUUGUAAUUUUAUUUGUAUUCUUAAAAUUAUUAUUAUUUAUUUGUUUAUUUAUUAUGUUCACAUUGAUCCCAAGUUAUGAAUAAAUUAAUAAAAUUCAAGUUCUUUAAUAAUUUUAAUUUAAAUAGAAUAGGUAAUUACUGUUUGAUGUAAGAAGGGCAUUUUCAUGAACAAAUAUCUCUUUUGUUUAAAACUUAAUAGACACAAAGAAAAACAAAACAAAGAUAUAAUUAUUUUUUUGAGAUUCGAUCUCUUAUGUGACACACAUUUUAUAACCAGAUUCAAAAGAGUGUCACCCAUUUGAAACUUAUAAACUUCGUUUAUCUCCAAACACAUUUUUCUAAAAAAUGCCAAUCUUGCACCCAACCCCUCAAUUAAACAUUGUAAAUCAUAUUUAAAAUAUGUUUAAUUUUAAAAUAAAACGACUUUUUCACUUUAUGUUCCCUGAAAAUCACAAUGUGUCUCUUGAAUUAUAAAUGUGUGUCCUAAGUUUUAUAACGUAUUUUAAUUUUAUUUGUAAAAAUAACAAAUAACUUGAAAUUGCAAUACAAAUAAAUUUUGAU